AUGGCGGCCAGUUUGCAUCGUACGCUUUGCGAGGUUAAAGGCGAAGUGAAGUUGCAAGCAACGAAUACGAUUUCGCGAGUGGUUAAACAACAGCCAGGAAAGUUACGAUUGAGCCAGUUAGGAGAUUCCUUUUAUAUACAAUGUGUGUAUGAUAAUGGCGUGAAACCGAGUAAAAAAUAUAAGGUUUGUCGGAAAUUUAGUUGUCAUUGUCAUAUUUGUACAUAUAAAUAUAUUUUGUGUUUAUUUAGAUAUGUAUUUAUAUAUUGAAUGAAUAGUGUGAAUUAGUGCAGUGAACAGUGAUUCUUUACUCAUUUUUUAUCAUUCGUAGACCUGGAGCAAGGGGGAUUGAUUUGAUGAUAUAUAUUUUUAGGAAAUAUCACAUUGUCACCGAAUCCCCCGAGCGGAGGGUCUAUAUUAAAUGAUACAUUAAUAUACCGAAAGUUAAAUUUGUGGUUUGCCCCCAAAGCGAUGCUCUCACCAGUCUCAAAAUUGGUACAGUCAGUCUCAAAAUUAAGCACUGUAUAUUAAAUCAAAUAUAUGCAAUGCUAUUUAUAAGGGAGACCGUCUAAAAUUUAGGAGCUGUUUAUAUGGGGCAGGCUACCCCGGGUACCCAAGCUGGCCUGGUUUAGGCAAGAUCCCAUGUCUGUUAUUAUUAAAUUGUUCGGACUUCGGAUCUGGCGAAUAUUUAACAAGGAUUUGCGGAUCUUGUUAAUACAGCAGAUUGCGGAUUUAUCCAAUAUUUUGGCUCGGAUUGUGGAUUUAACUUGCAAUUUAGUUGGAUCCUGGAUUGUGACUUCAUGGUAGAGCUUUUAGCGGAUUCAAAUUUACACAAGACCAUUGUCGGAUCACAGAUUUUGCUUCAAAUUUUGAUGGAUCUGUAUACCCCUAUUCACCCCCCCCCAAUAACAUUGAUUCAACAUUAUUUGUGGCAACAUGACAUGGCUCCUAAGCAAGAUCUCGACUGACCUGAGAUCUCUGGUGAUCGGGCCAGUAAUUUCCCAAAUAAAUGCAAAUAUAUUAUGCCGUGUUCACACAAAUAUACGACAUUUUUUCGACCAAUUUCGAUCUUAAAACAUCUCUGAGACAUCUGUGAAUGAUUCUGUGGGUUAUUUCCAUGAAAGUUGCUUGCAAAAGUGUAAAUUUCAGGUUCGUGAAAAAAUAUAUUUGUAUUAUACUAUUUAUAGUGGUGGGACCAGUGGUUUAUUUUGGUGAGCCAACUUGCCUCAAAAGUCUUGUGUAAACAUGGGAUGAUUUUUUUUUAAAUUUUAUUUUAUUCAGCUUUGCAAACUAGGGCAGGGUCACCACAACAGUAUAUGCCAAUUACUGCGGGCCCUUUUACCUAACCCACCCUGUCAACUUUCCCUGUGGGAGGAAAACCCACGACUUUCGGCAGAGCAUUGAUUUUUACUCUUUCCACAUGAAGACUGGGUUCAAGUUGCAUUGAGAAAGUUCUCACCGAGGCUUGAACCUGCGGCCUUAGAGGUGAAAGGCAAGUGUGCUAACCACUUGGCCACUGAAGCCCCUAACAGAUCAGCAAAGCGAGCUCAGGUGGUCUACAUGGAAUCACCAGCCAGUGAUGGGUCAGUCUCAUUUUGGGACUACGCCCCUGUAUGUUUGCUCUUUAAACCUCUUUUGAACAUUUUUUGAACAAAUAUGAAAUGUUUAUCAGUUUUUUUUAUUUAUCUUUGGUUUUUAGUUGGACCGAAAACAAGUGGCUGAAGCCCAGCUGAUUGCAAGGGAUGGAAAACUGACUGUUUACCUAACAGGUGGUUGUGCCCGUUUUCACCUCGAAAAGGGCAUCGAAAAUGAAAUUGAAACAUUCAUAUGUUGCUUGGAUGAGAUAAAAAGAACAGGUUACCUUUGGGAAAAGCUGUAUUUAUAUAUCACUGUACUUGUAAUUAGGGGUGCACCGGAUUUGAAAUCCGGCCGGAUUUAACAAAUUUUCCGGUAUCCGGCCGGAUUUGGAGAAAAUCCGGCCGGAUUAAAAUUUCAGUUUUCACCUUAAAAAAUUCACCAAGAAUGGGAUAAACCAUCAAUUUGGCAGCUUUAAAGUUUAAAAAACAUUUAUAUUAUUAUAAAAUAUUAAGUUAUUAACAAAAAGAUAUUUAAAAAAGGUUUAAACACAAUCAAAAAUCUAAACUAACACUAACUAAAAAUAGUAAAAAACAUAAACCGCCAUUUUGAAUACUGAUUUAUCCCCAAUUGUCCCCAUUACCAGUUUAUUUGUCCAAAUCCGGUAAAUCCGGUUCCGGCCGGAUUUGAAAAUUCCAAAUCCGGUGCACCCCUACUUGUAAUGGAAAUUUUUUUGUUUUUUUCCCAGUGGGCAGGGGGCUUGGAUUUGUAAGAAAUGUUUGUUUCCCUCAAACAUUUAAUUAGCAUUUACACAUGCAAAAUUCUUACUGUGAUCACUGAAACUUUGAUAGCGUAAACCAAUCUUAAUUGAGAUUGACGUUUACGGCUAACAGCAAACGACUAAUUUCAAGUUGGGUCAACAAUUAGCUGUUCGAAGUUAGCAUGUUUGAAGCAUGGAUUAGCUAAAACGUCCUCAGCUAUUUCGUGUAAAAACUUGUCGAAAACGUGUAGAACUUAAAUUAAGGUGCUGUUACACUAAGCAACUUGUCUCGGAACUUGUCCCGCAAUGUUAUAAGAAAAACGGUUUCAGGAUUGCAUUGCAAGGUAUGUUACACCAAGCCAUAUGUUCCAUGCAACUUGCAAUGAUCAUUAUUAAAAAUAGUAUAAAACCGCGAGUGCUAACGUUUCGCGCCAUAUUAUCGGUCAAAAGCCAAUAGGAAGCCAUUCAGGGUAUAAAGACUAUAAACAUUGCGAGACUAGUUGCAAGAGGGAUGUUAAACUGUGCAAUGCUUUAAAAAUGCGUUGCCACAAUCGUUGCAAAAAGUAGAACCUGAUUCUACUUCGUGCAAUGGUUGUUGCAACAAAAAUAUUGCGAUUGCGAGACUUGUUGAUUACGAGGCAUGAUACCCCUUGCAAUUUCGUGUGCAACUUGUGUCACAACAAAAUUGCGAGACAAAUUGCAUAGUGUGACAGCGCCUUUACCUUCAAAUGCAAUUUUAAGUUUGUGGUUGGCAGUCUGCCGUAAACAUCUCUCUAGAUGCACAAGAGAAACUAUUUUUUUACAGUGUUGACGUUAUUAUUUAUAGUGCUGACUAAAGCCGCUGUCAAAUAUGAAAUAUCCAACAUUUCACCAAUACCAAGGGUAGACACACUUUUCGGAUCAAAGGAAGCGGCCAUCAAGCCACCAACCUUAGUUCUAAGGCGCCAAGGUACGUAUGUCAUCACUAUCACCAAGCUUACGUCUUGGUCAAACAAGAGUUUUCUCAACUCUCGUGGCCCUGUCAAACGAGAAAAACAGUUCCAUGAGAGUUGACUGGAUAUUACCACGCGUAACGGCAGGGUGCGAUAAUUCAAUUUUUUAGCCGUACCUGACUGGUACUCCGACAACUUUUGCCGCGUACCUGAUCUGGUACAAACUUAAGAGUCAAGACGUACCUAAGACUACUUCCGAGUCAUGCGUUUUUAGACCUACGUAUAGUUACAGAUCCAAAAGCAAAAAAUGUAUGGGCCAUUUUAUACAAAUGAAUCUUUAACUAUAUGGUAUUUGUAGAACAUAGCAUAACAGUUUUCAAAGCGUCGACGUUGUGACUCGAAUGCCAUCGCUCAUUUACAGUGGACUUACCAAGGGUGCUAACAGUCCGACCUCAACUACAUACAUGCAGUGUAGUUUUCCUCAUUGGUCAAUCAUGUUGAAGAAAUAAUAGGGUGGGCAGAAACGGAAAACCGUAACCACAGGUAUUUUUUUUAGGCCUUGGUAUAGCAUUGACAAUUAAGCCCAGGUCACACCACACAACGAUAACGAUACGAUAACUUGUAAACACGCGAUGAUUGGUAAAAAAAAUAUGUUGGUGUCCACACUACAACGAAAACGAUAAAAUUAUCGGCGUUUGACGAUAACGAUUUUAAAAUCAAAAGUUGUUUUUUUUUCAGUAGGACGAUGACGAUAAAUUUUUUGAUCAAGCGCAAAGAUAUGUUGUAUAUGUCGGAUGCGUGGAAUUUACAUGUACUGUACAGCUAAAGUUCUUCACGCUUUUGAAUACUUUGGCAGGUUUGCUGGUUAUUGCUAGAAGGAAAAUGUACAGUAAGUACGCGAAUAGCAAAUUUCCGCGUACCUACGUGGUACUGUACUUGCCUAAAAACAAAGAAGUACCAGACCAUAAAUUUGGCGUAUCUCCGGUACGUUGGUACGCGAAUUAUCGCACCCUGGGGCCGUAACGAAAACUCUCAUCGCCUCUCAUCAAAAUGUGUCUCUGUAUUCAUUGAAAUAUUCAUUGCUGUUUUCUCCAAAAUUUAUUGUUCUCCAUGUAAAGGUGCUUCCAGAACACCACAGAAAACGAACGCAUCCAAAGAACAAUCUAAGCUGAUGUCACAAACCCCGAACAAAGCACCCGAGCAGGUGCUAAAACUAACAGCACAGCAUGAAAAUCGUCAACAAACCCCAGACAAAAUACCACGCGAAACCUUUUCUCAACACCAAGUCAAAGCGGUGCAAAAGCUAAUAGCACAGCAAGGAAAUCGUCAACAAACCCCAGACGGAACACCACGCGAAAACUUGUCUCAAAACCAAGCCAAAGCGUUGCAAAAGCUAACAGCACAGCAAGGAAAUCGUCAACAAACUCCGAACAAAAUACCACGUGAAAACUUGUCUCAAAACCAAGCCAAACCGGUUCAGAAGCUAGCAGCACAGCAAGGGGAUCGUGAACAAACACCAGACAAAACGUCACUAAGAAAUACGUCCUUCCACGAAGGCAAAAGUCAGUGUAGGAAGUCACUAGGAGACAAUUCUCAACAAACCCUAAACAAAACACCAACAUCAAUACCCAAACUUUGCUCACACCCUCGUAACCAACAGAAACAAAGAAUGAACGGUCAGAAAGAGGUAAGAGCUCUACAGGUACUAUACUCAAUAUUAUUAUCUUAUAUCACAAAUAAAUUUCCUUUUUGAUACUGUGGCUAAAAACUCACGACUUUUCCAGGUGCAAAUUCCCAGACAAUAGCUUUGACCAUGUACUAGUCAAUAGAAGGUUAGGGAACUCGAUGAAGACAUAAUAGACGUCAUUAUCUAUGUUUUUGUCUUAGUCUUAAUGCAAGAAAUGGUCGGUUCAUCGUCACGUGUGUAUUGUAUUUUCGCCCAACCAACCAAUAGCGGUGUGUUGGUUUUAUUACCCAGUCGUGAUAUUACACAAUGGUUAAAUGAAAAUAUAACUAUUGAUUGCUCGCGCGAAAAUACAAUACACACGUGACGAUGAUGAACCGACCAUUUCUUGCACAAAGCAAAACAAAAACAUAGAUAAUGAGGUAUUAUGUCUGCAUCGAGUUCUCUAACCUUCUUAUUCUAUUGAUUAUGCUGUUGACCACUGUGGGACUAGGUAAAAAUCCUAUUCGAGAAAUAGCAAGUAAGUAAGUAACUAAGUUGGGUGUGCUAAUCAUCCUUGGCUUGCUUGCAGUUGAGAGCUAAGCUGAAUUACGAGGGACGCAGCUCAACCUGAUCCAGUCGAAGGCUUUCUAAGGGCGCCUAUAUGGCAGUCACCUUUAUAUGACUCAUGUCUCAUCACGGAGGACAGCUACAAUGGAAGGGUCAGUUAGGGAUUCCUCUUGGAUGAAACAGGCUGUUGUGGCAAGCUUUUGAGUUUUGAGAUAAAACUGCUUUUUCUAUUGUACUUUCUUUUCGUUCCAGGAUGACUUAGAGAAAGAAAAUAUCAAUAUCUUCUUUGGAACACCUGAGAAGCAAAGACCUUCUGAAAAUCAAUCUGACUCACAAUCGUCCACGUUUGGAACACCGCGGAAAAAGACGCCUUUGCAAGAGAAUGAAAGUAUGCAGUUUGACCAUAGAUAUCUUAUAUACACUAGAUAGUGCAUCUAAUUAUUCUGCAAUUCAAAAAUUGAAGCCGUGAUUGCAGACUCAGGAUAUUCCCAUGAAAUGAGAAGACUCGUAUGUUUUCUAUUUCUUAAACAGGGAACUUAAACAUUAAGUUAAACCUAUUCCAAAUACAUUUUCAAACUAUUCAAAUGAUGAAAGUUAUUGUUGUUUUUUAAGCGUUUAUUAGCGAGUGGGAAACUUCAACAUGGCCGCCAUCUAUUCAAAUGGGGGUAACCGCUGGCAUAUUCUUGGCUUCUGAAUUUUACUAAAAGAGAUGCGCCAUCUAGUGUAUAUAAGAUAUCUAUGAGUUUGACUCAUUAGAAAAGAAUUGCAUGAACACGUUAACAUGUUAAAAGUCAGGGUGCGAUCGCGUACUUACGUACAGGAAGUACACUGCGGCAAGGGUGGGUUGACUACAAAAUUUUUGUAGUUCGCUAUAACUACAGCUACUUCAAAAAUAUGUAGUCAGCUACAACUACUGCUACUUUUGAACAAAGGUAGUUCGCUACUGACUACAGCUACUGCUUAAAAAAUGUAGCGAACUAUUUCGCUAUUUCGCUACGCUAUAUUUUUUAGUUUUACUGUAUUUCGAGCAUCUACUAACUCAGGCUGUAAUGUAACCUAUAACAAAUCGACUUACGAGUAGCAACAGUAAGCACAAAGCAACAUUUUUGUAAGCACUACAGUGUUCAGGAGUGCAAAUUGACUAUUGAGUAUUGAUAUUACCUCAAUAUCAUGCUAUUCUAUCAAGUUGCUAACAAUUUUAAAAAGUAGCGAAUAGCGAUUCGCUGUUUGAAAAGUAGUCAACUACUUGGCUAUUUUUAGGCAAAAUGUAGUUCGCUAUAACUACAACUACUGUUUUAAUAAAGUAGUCAAAAACUACUGGCUACUUGAAAAUUGUAGUUCGCUACAGUAGCGAACUACAACUACUUCGCUACUACCCACCCUUGCACUGCGGGGCACGAAAUAACGACCGAUGAACGAUCAAUGAUCGGCAGGAAAUUACUUUUGAGUGAAGCAAGGUUGCCGAUCAUCUUGAUCGGCAAGAACCAUCGUCUCAAAAACAUGGUUAAUGUUGUUAAGAGGAGUAUUUUUGUAUGUUACGUAACACGCACUCAAAACUAAUGCGUAUAAUAUACCACUCGCGGUUAUGACUAAAUUCAAAAUUUUAUUUUUCGAUACGUUUCUCAAUCGGCAAACAAACUUAAAAAGCAUGUUUAGUGCUUUAUCUGUAAAAUAAUGCUAAAAUGAAGAGAUUUUAGAUGAUACGCCAAAGAGAAAAUGAUGUCUGAAGUUCAGCAAGUUUUGCUUAUAUGUCUGUAAAUUUGGCGUCAAUUUUAAAGCAUUAUUGAUAAUUGUAUUUUAAUUGACAAUUUUUAACUAUUAUUUUAUGUUUCUCAACCGGCAGAUGCAUUUAAAAAGGUAGCUAACACUAUAAACUAGAGAAUAAAGCUAAAACAAAGUAAUUUUGAGAGGAACGCCAAAAAGAUUUUAGGUUUUGAACACUUUUCAUUGCAAAUACGUGGCAUUGAAAAAAAAUUCCUCUUAAUGAACACCAUGUAAUACUAUGGCAUUAUCACAGAACAUAUAAACAGAACGUAUCCAGUACUGAUCAGCCAGAUUUUCAUUUGAUCAACAGAAAAUCAUGACUGCUGAGGUUUGGUAUUUCUUUCUUUUCAUGUUCCUUUCAUUUUUCUUAAUUUAUUGUUGUUGUUUUUUCAGCUUCUCCACAACUUAGCCGAUCUACCAACGUCAAAGUUUUCUAUGGGAACAAUAGUAAUAAUAGGUUUGUAAAAAAUUACAGUAAUAAUAAUAUUAAGACUUUAUUUAUUGAGGAUAAACAGAUAAAGUUACGCCUCAAAAGAGGUGCAUUUUUCUGCACGUAAUACUAAAAUACUCAAAUUUUGCUAAUUUCACAGGGCUAUAUAUUCCGUAUUUUACGCCAUUUUGCAACCAAAUUUGGCAAUUUUACUAAUUUAAGGAUGUUCUUUUAAGCUAUAAUGAUAUAGAUUUCGUCGUCCUUGUAUAGAGGUAUUACGUAAAGGUCUUUUACAUUAUCUGACAUAACUGACAUAACGUUCUUAUAGCUCUAACCCUCGGUAACUAGCGAGGGCGUCUGCGAGGGAGACUAGGUGUAUUGGUGAAAUGCAAAAAUUGCGCCGGAGUGUAAACGGGCAUUUAGGGAGCGGUCAUUAUUUAUGGCUAGGGGGGGGAGGCACCGAAUGCAGGGGUAGAUUUAUGUGGGUGCACACCCCUGUUGGCCUUGGUCAACAGUGGUGCAAGGGGGGUGCAAUAAAAUCAAAUUCAGAAAUAUGGUAUAAUUUCCAAGGUUUUUCCUUUUUUGAAGCCAAACUGAAGCUCAUAAUUCAAUGCCCAUAUCGCAGGAAAUGGCAUUUCUAGGGUUCUAAUUUUCAAUAUUUUCCGGGGAACCCGAACCCCAUAGAGAGCUCGCGCCUUUGGCGCUUGAGUCGUUAGGAGGCCAAUUCAUUUGAAAGCUCUCCCACUACCCCCAAAGAAUUAUAAAGAAACACUCGGCUGCUCACCCAGCACCCCCCUAGAAAAACCUUGCUGGAUCCACCCCUGACCAAAUGGGAAAUACCCACCCCUUAAUAAUUUUUUAUCACCCAGCCUUUGAGUUGUUGUUUUUUCUUCUCAUUUACCCAACCUUUUACUCACUCAAGAUUUUACCUAACCCUUUUCUCUUCGGCGGAAAAUCUUUUUUGAACAAUCCUAACCUUACUACCUCAGACUGCCUUAAAUAAGGACCGACCGAUCCCUUAUCUCACUUUCCAGCAUCCGAGUGAAACGAAUUCCAAAGAGGCCAUUGAGAAAUGCUUCAUCAUCGUCACCCUCGCAAACUCCGAGAUAUUCGUUAUUUUCCACCACUCCAACUGCAACCAGAAACAUUCAAACACAAAACAAAGCGUCCAGCGGCGAUCAACACAACGUCAAGCAGUCAACACUCUUUGCAUAUCUUGCUGACAAUGAAGUCACAUCACAAGGGUAAAUAUUCGAAUCCUUUUUGUAAAGUAAAUGGUAAAAAUCGUGAUGAUAAUGUGAAUUGUGAAAUCAUUUUUGAACACUCCUAACCUUAAGCCUUUGGCAAACUAGGAAACAUUGUUUCCUAUCAAUGUUUCGCCAUGUUUCCAAGAGUGGGCAAACACUAGGAAACAUUAGUGAGAAACAUAGGGAAACAUCAAAUGUUUCUGAAUUCGCUAGGAAACAUUUUUGUUUCUCGGGAAGCAAAUUUUGUUUCCGCAACAAUGUUCCCACGGGUGGGCAAACAGGGAAACAUCGAGAAUCACAAAAUGUUUCCACAACAAUGUUUCCUAGUUUGCCAAGGGCUUUAUACUAGCUACUGUUCUUGUAUACAGUAAGACCCCGCGUAUAAGAACCUAGUCCUAGAUUUUAAGAACCUGUUAGGCUAAAAUUACUUAUCAGUUAGCCCCCCUUUAUACAAGAACCUGUUCAGGCUAAAAUUUCAAACGGGUUCUUAUUUUAUUUUUAUCACUCUAAGAGUUGAAACUAAAAAUUUAUAAAUCAAAGAAAACAAACUCUUCACAAAGUAAUGAAAAUGACCCAGAAGCAUUGAACUAAAAAUAACUGGAACGAUACCUCCAACCGGAAAUGUGAAGCCAUGCCCAGGCAUGCCCACUGUUGUCAUGCCCAGUCUUUUCACGUAACGGAAAAACGCGGGUUUUUUAAAUUUUCACAACUGGGUAAAAAAUAUGCACUAAAACAUCGUUUAAAACGACUUAAAAUGCACCUGACAGUACAUUUUUUACAAUAAAAAAAUCCUUCAAAACUCUAGAGUAAAAUAUUUUUAAUUUGUUUGUGUAGAAAUCGUAAUUAAAUUUUCUUUUUUGAGAAAAAACGUCGAGCGAGGAGUGGAGCUUGCCGUGGUCUAAUCAUAUAAAGUGUGAAAUAUUUGUGUGAAAUUCCCUAUUUUGCACGUUCGUUUUCCAAUUUAUUCGUCUGAAAGUUAGGAAAAAGGUAUUCUAACAAGAUCAAACUACCAUCCACAGUUUAAUUAUGUUUUGUAGUAGAGUAUUUAUUAAGUUUUAGAAGUACAAAAUAACAAAUAUAAACAUUAAAGUUUUUUUUCGCGGAUAAGUAUUUCAUGUUGCGAUUAUUCACAUUCGGCAAGAAAUACAAAGAAAAAGUGGUCAACGAAGGCAAACAAAGUGAUAGAUACAGACUUGUCUUGUUUAACAAUCAAUGAAGUUGUUAUAAAUACAUAUUUAAUACGUUUAUAAGAUAAAGAAUUACUUAUCUUUCUCAAGUGUCAUCUGCAUAUAAACGUUCCAGUCAUUCAAAUAUGCACUUGUUGUCUCCAAUCGGUUAGUUUCGUCCUUGCAAUUUUAGUCGGUAGGGUUCAAGAUAUGUUUUAAAUGCACUUCUAAUACAAAAAUAUAGCUUAAAACCCUAAAUAAACGACAAUUUUCGACCCAUUCGCCCAAGAAAAAACAUUCAAGUCACUGCCGAAAUGGUCUCGCGAGAAUGUCUCGCAACACAAACGCGCGUGUCUGGAGGUAGAACACGCGCGGCUGGAGGUAAAAUUUGGCUUCAUCCGAUCAUAAGCCAAACCUAUUGGAGGUAGCGUUCCAGGUAUUUUUAGUUCACUGCCCAGAAGUCAGAAUCCUGCAUGGAUAUGUCAUAACAUAAUCUGCGAAGCUGCUUUAAAUUCCCAAGAGCAGAAGAUCGUGCGCUUUAGCCUAUAAAGAUAUUUUAAUUUCUCAAUAAGUCCGUAUUCAUAAUAUAUGCACACUGUCAAUAUUUUACGCAUCUUUGCGUUCAGAUUAGUGCUAGGGCAUUCAAAUUCUAUAACAAUACGUUAUUUCAAUAGUUUUUUUUUUUUUGGGACACCCUGUAUUGUACAGGGUGUAUAAAAAAACGCAACCUCGGAAUUUCCCAAGAAAUCGACAUUGUUUUAAGGACAAAAGAUUUUAGGUCGCGGGCUAUGAUUUUAGCGGGCUAUGAUGGAUGCAAGAAAACUGUCUGAUAUUAUUUCUCUAUUCUUGUAGGUUUACAAAUCUUGGUAAUACUUGCUAUAUGAACGCCAUAUUACAAUCCAUCCUUGGCCUUGUCCCGUUUGUGCAAGAACUUGAUAAUAAUGAUUUGCUAAAUACUGUUGGUCGCCUAUCCUUGUACAAGUAAGAAUUUAUAUCAACAUAAAUAGAUAGAUGGAUAUAGCUCUAUCAGUUCUAACCCUGGUACACGAGACAAACUUCUUAAACUCUUUCCAAGCGGCAAGCUUCUUAUUUCCACCGUAUAUCAGGUUUCGUACAAAAUUUGAAUGUCCUUGAAUUUGAAAACAGAAAUUCAAGGUCUUGAAUGUCCUUGAAUUUGUAAAGAAGUACUUGAACGUCCUUAAAUUUUUCUUGCUUUAUAAAGGCCGUUGACCAAUACAUUUCCUUUAGUUGUAUGUACAAUCUGUUCCGAUGGAAAAACGACGAUGGAAGCAGUACAAGGAAGAAAAAUGCUCUGAAAAGGUUGAAAAAUUCACUGAACGGCAGUGAGAUGACGAAACGGUUUAGUGGAUAUCUACAGAAUGUAAGUGCCAAGCAAGCUCACUAGAUUAUUAAUGGCUGAAUGUUUGUGGUUGAAAAUGUUGCCUAUUUGUGCAGAAAAUUUUGAAAUCUAGAGUUUCUAGAAUGACAUUUCCAGCUUCUAUGGAUUAAGAUUUCAUAUGCGGAAACCAUGUUGUUUUGUCCAUUUCUCGUUCAGACACCCUCAUUUUAGGUUCUCCCGAUCUCAUCUUUCAUUGGGGGAAUUAGCCCCUACCCUUCAACUUUUAGGGGGAUUAUAACCCCUCUAUUCCCUCCCCUGUGUCCGCGUUUAUGGGUAUCUGUGACAAGGGCACGUCGUUGACUCUGUGUUCUUUUUAGGACGCGCACGAGUUCAUGAAUAUCUGUCUUGACCAAAUGAAGGAGGAAGUCCAGGAAGCUUUGGGGGAGAAAUCUGAAGAUAUCGCAGCUAAGGUAUUUAUAGAGCUAUUGUAGUAGUGGUAGUAGAUUUAUUCAACCUCCCCGUAGGGCUUUUCAGGUUUAAAUUACAACUUACAUUACAUCUUGAAAUUUACAAUAUAAAAAGCGAAUAUCUAUUAUAAGUUAGUAAAAAAAAAUUAAAAUGUUAAAAGUACAUUAAGAACCAUGUACAUCAUAAAAUCUAAGAAUAAGUUCCUUUCAAAGCUGAAACGUUUGAAAACUUUUCAUGAAGACGUUUCUUCCCUGCUUUCUUAAAUUGGGGUAAACAUUUUAACUUUCAAACCCACUUUUGUUUUUCAGGUUUGUCCUGUGGUCAGGAACUUUGAAGGAUCUCUAAGAAAAUACAUCAAGUGUAAAGGGUAAGCCUAUAAUAUUUUCUCAUAAAGCCAGUUUAGGUCAUACAAAAAUAAUUUUCCCGACUAACAUAAGCAUAUUCAAAAAUUUUCGACCAAGAUAAGCAAGGCUUUCAAAUUUUUUCACCGCAAACAUAACAAAAGCUUUAAAAUUGUUAAAAUUGCCAACCAUUUCAUAACUUUGAGCAACUUCGACCAUAUUUUAUCCCAAACUUUGACCAAAUUUUCCUAGUUUUACCUUCAAUUUUAAGCAAAUAUCAAUUCCAUUUUGACCAACUUUGGGCAAAUACCAGUUCCAUUUUGACCAACUUUGACCAAAGUUUGAGUUAUUGAGGGGGGGGGAGGGGGUGUAACACCCCCCCUCCCCUAUAGCGACGACCCUGUCUCCAGCUAUUCAAAAACAGCAAUGACACUCAAGAGAAGCUCAGAUUGAACUUCCACUCAUUGAGUGUGAGUGAGCUUUUAGAAUACGGGCGAUAGUGUUUUUCCAUCUUGGAGAAUUCCCUGUACUUGUAUUUCGUUACAUAUUUGAGAAAUCUUUUGUUUUCUCGACAGAUGCAAAGACGUUGUGACGAAAGAUGAACUGUUCAACCAUUUGUCCCUAAACAUCCCUCAUAAUCAAUCGUAAGUUGAAUAGCUGAUCAGUGUUUGAACUUUGAAAGAACAGCCGGUCAACAGGCAUUGUCCGGUCAGUAUAGACAAUUCCCAUUAUAGACUAAUUUUUAUCUUGGCCAAAAAAGUAUAACUAAAAGUCUAUAACCACAUUUGGGCCGAAAAUGGUAGCAAUUUCCGCACGCAAUACAAAAGAAAGCAAAAUUUGCAAACUUUGCACGGGAAAUUUUUUACUAAACUACAGUGAGUCUGUCAUAAUAUUAUUGUGUUUUUUUUUUCUUACAGACGUUCGCCCACAAAAGUACAGCUGACCAGAUUGUUGGGGCGCUUUUUUCAGGUGAGUGGCCGCAAAUGAUGACAUGUUGGUCUCGUUCUGAAGAAACCCAAGGUGCUUGAUAAAUAGCACUCCUUAGUGAUUCAAGGCGCUUUGUCAAGGUCAUUUUCCACUUGCCCGUACCGUACAUAGAUAUAUUAUAUACACUAGAUAGCGCAUCUGUUUUAGUAAAAUUGAAGCCAAGAAUAUUCCAGCGGUUACCUCCAUUUGAAUAGAUGGCGGCCAUGUUGGAGUUUCCCACUCGCUAAUAAACGCUUAAAAAACAACAAUAACUUUCAUCAUUUGAAUAGUUUGAAAAUGUAUUUGGAAUAGGUUUAACUUAAUGUUUAAGUUCCCUGUUUAAGAAAUAGAAAACUUACGAGUCUUCUCAUCUCAUGGGAAUAUCCUGAGUCUGCAAUCACGGCUUCAAUUUUUGAAUUGCAGACUAAUUAGAUGCACUAUCUAGUGUAUAUAAGAUAUCUAUGGCCGUUAUCCACUAGGCGGAAUUUUGCGCGCGGAGCGGAAUUUCUCUUUGUCUUUCCUAAUUAGUUCCACCCGAGAAAUCACAAGACAAAGAAAAUUUCCGCUCCGCGCGGAAUAUUCCGCCUAGUGGAAAACGGCCUUCAUGUUCCAAUGUUCGCGAUGCAACCCUCGCGUACGGCGGUCAAAAACGUCAAGAAUACCGCUUAGUGAGAAGAACAACUUUACAAAGUAUCGUUGUGGAUUUUGGAACUCUUUUUAUGUUUUUAACAAAAGCAAUGUUGACACAUUUGUUUCAAAAAAGUGUUCUAUAUAAAACACAACCUUCGUUCGUAUUUUGAAGUCACGCGCGUUUAGCUAUAGUUUACAUAUAUACGAAGAACUUAACCUCAGGGGAUAAAACCCUAGGUAUCCACCUUAAGAAACAAUUAUUCAAAAUAUGUAUACCAUUCAGAGAUUGGGUCGCCUGUGUGCUACCAUAUAUAGAAACUAUGAACAAUGUUGGUUAAAUAUUAUUGUAUGAUAAUUAUCCUAUAAAUUUGUUGUUUCUUAUUUUGUUUACCAUCUGUAAUAUGUUAUUGGUAUACCAGUUCUGUCAACUGAAAAUAUUGCUGUUUUGUGUCAUUAAAGCUGAAAAUAUUUGUAUUUGCUCGUAAUUUGUUCUCAUGAUGUCUUUCUUUGUAGUUUACAAUAAUUUAGCUAUUAUAUCGCCCUAAUUUCCUUUCCCAUGAAUCAAUCAGAUAUAUUCUCCACUCCCUUAGUUCGAGCUGUGGGACUUGCAGCUAGCGGAGAUUCAAUCCACCAUUCGUUAAAAAUUGUGAAUAGUGUAUACCAGCCUUUUGUGUAUUUUGUAGCUAACAAGAAAAUAGACCUUGGGUUUCUGGUAGAUGAUUGGUCAAUUUUGCCAUCAUUGCAUACAAGAGGUGAACACACUAAAAAUGCCAGAGAGGGCGAAUCUGUGAAAGAUUUAAUACGAACAAUUUACGGUAGUUUUCAUGUCGAAGAUGGCACCGUUCACGUUGGUUUGGUCAAGUCUGGUGCAACGGCUAAAGUGGUUUUCGACUUUAAUACAAACAAAGAUUUGGAUGGCUUAGAUGAAGCCGUUGAGGAAUUAUCAUUCUCAAAAUCAGCUCAAUCCAACAUUGGUAAUUUAUGAUAAUGUUUUAGUAGUUCACUUAAUUUAAAGCCUCGGCCAAACGAGGAUUGUAUAGUAAGGUUUCAAAGAGAUAAUUAAUAUCAAUUGCCUUAGUUUAUGUACACAUGGUUCCAUCAUUAGUAAUAGAUAAUCCCCGAGCCAACGACGCGGAGCGCCGUGCGAGUGUAUUAAUUCCAUCCGGCUAUUUAUCCCCGGGGAGAGGAAAGCAUUAACGAAGUCCAAAGUUCAUCAAUGAAUGAUAUGUGGUGUGGGUUACCGUCGAUGGUUCGGUGGGUGGUCAUCGUCACUGCUCUCAUAAUAUAGCGGACUGUCAUGAACAGCAAACACCGAUUGCUCCAAUUUAGGAGCCGAUUACAUGGAGAUCUUUCAACCCCGGGGUUGAACUCAGCCCUGUUAACCGGGUUGCAUUUUUUUUUUGAAAUGCUAUACUAUACGUUCUCGGCAUCAAUUCCCGGAAGUAAAAAGGCCUUAAUUUUGUUUUCUUGUAAUAAAUAGUUACUCCACGUAUGCUCGAAUAAGUCAUGACAAUUUCAUUCAGCCCUAGGUUGUUUAAUUUUGUCAUUUAAUCGUUUCAACCCAGGGCUGAAUUCAACCCCGGGGUUGAAAUUUAAACCCUGCCAGUUUGUCAUGUAAUCACGCGUUUGACUUUGCUAGAGUUUUGUAUUACAAACAGGGCUGAAAUUUUAACCCCAUAAAUAGGGCCGAGUUCAAACCCGGGGUUGAAAAUGCUCCAUGUUAUCGGCCCCUUAAAAUUUGCAUUACCGUUGUAAUGAAUGAAUCAAUCAAUCAAUCAGUCAAUCAAAAACUUUAUUUUAACACGGUGAAAUAAAGCGUGUACUGGGGAGAGCCAAUAGGAACUCUCCAAGCUAUAAACAUUGCGAGACAGGUUGCACGAAGCCAUGUUACACGCUGCAACGCUUAAAAUAAUUAGUGCAAUCGUUGCCAAAAGUAGAACCGACUUCUACUCUCUGCAAUGCUUCAUGCAACUUGUCUCGCAACGAUUUUGACCAUUGCAAGGCAUGUUAAACGGUGCAAUGACUGGUGCAACUUGUCUCGCAACGCCAUUGCGAGACAAGUUGCAUGAAAAAUUGCACCGUGUAACAGGGCCUUUAGGCAUGAUUUAAAAUUAGCAAUAUUACCCUUUUAAAGCGGAAAAUAUAGCGAGACAACAAAAAUGUUGAGAACUUGGGCAAUACGCGUGACGUCACAGAUUGCAACUAGGUUUAGACUGUGACGUCAGCUAGUUUCCUAUCCAUUUAUUUUACAAUCCAUGCUAUAACUAAAACUUCGCGUACCGUAGUUCGUUCCUGGUUUUGCGGGUACAACUAAGGUGUGUUCAGAGUUUCUUAAAUUAUAUCCUGCGCUGCGAGAUUCAAAAAAUUCAUGGAGAUAAAACGUUAAUUGUUAAUUGUUUUAAACAUCAGUAUAGCCUUAGUAAUGUUUACGUAUUAGUAUAGCCAAUAUAAUAAAUUAGUUAAUGAUCUUUGCUCCAAACAUAAAAUUACAUUUAUCAACAAUAGCUGCAUAGGAAAAUCAUUGCUAAAUAGAUCAAACCUACACUUAAAUCGGGACGGUGAUAAAGCUUUGGGAAGUUCAUUCUGCACCUACUUAAAGUCAGACAGAAUUAGCACUAGAAACUCCAACAACCAUUGAUCUGAUUGCAUUUAAUGAAACACGACUUGAUGCAAAUAUAACCGAUAACAUGAUUAAUCUAGAUGGCUAUGAUAUUGUCAGAAAAGACAGAUCAAGAAACGGUGGUGGGGUUUGUAUUUACUUGCGUAGCUCCAUAAAUUACAAAGUAAGAAAUGAUCUAGUUCCCACUGAACUCGAAGCUGUCUGUGUUGAAAUUAUUAAGCCGCAUAGCAAACCAUUUCUUGUUACCACAGUCUAUAGACCACCCAGUGCAUUAUCAGAAUUCUUUGAUCAUUUUGAAAAAUUGAUCCAAGCUGUUGAUAAUGAAAAUAAAGAAAUGUAUAUCCCGGGUGAUCUGAACUGUAAUAUGCUAAAAACAAAUAACGAUUCAAAUAUUCCAACAAAGAAAAUAAAAUCACUAUAUGAAUUAUACCAAUUAACACAACUGAUAGAUGAAGCUACUCGAAUAACUCCAACAACCACCAGUCUUAUUGAUCAUAUUGUUACUAAUAUUCCAGAGAAAAUCUCUGAUUCUGGUGUCAUUCACACAGGUAUUAGUGAUCAUAGCUUAGUAUUUGCAAUCAGGAAAAUUUCUAUUGUUACAAAACAAGAAAAUUAUACUCUUGAAAUUAGAAACAUGAAAAAUUUUGAUGAAGGAAAAUUUAUUGAAGAACUGCUAAAACAACACUGGGAAUAUGUGUUUUAAUUACAAAAAAUUAAUCCCAAGAAAGCUUCGAAAAGUAUAAACAACUUGUUAGGUAGGCAAAACAAACCAACAGUGGUAAAUGAACUAAAUGUAGGUGAACAAAAUUUGACAAGUCCUGAAGAUAUUGCGGAGGGCUUUAAUGAAUAUUUUUCAAAUAUUGGCCCAGACCUAGCUAGAAAAAUAGAUUAUUCCAAUUCCAAUUUUGAAACCUAUGUCAAAAAUGCUCAAUCAGAAUUUGCGGCUUUCCAACCUGUUACUGUCAGUCAUGUCUCUCAUCUUUUGCAUUGACUUUCCAACAAUAAAGCCACUGGCAUUGAUAAAAUCUCUUCCAAAAUUAUUAAAUUAGCUGCACCUGUUAUCUCAGAUUCACUGACACUUAUUUUCAAUCAGGCUAUUACUUUAUCUUCUUUUCCUGAUGAAUGGAAGUUUGCUAGAGUGAUGCCCCUAUAUAAAAAUGGCCAGCGUAGUAUUCCUGGAAACUACAGACCAAUAUCAGUUUUACCGGCCAUUAGUAAAAUUAUGGAACGGAUAUUGUAUGAUCAACUGUAUAACUAUUUAACAAAAUUUGAGCUUCUCAGUGAUUCCCAAUUUGGAUUUCGAAAAUUUCACUAUACAGCUAGUGCACUACUAGACUGUACUAAUGAUUGGUAUGUAAAUCUAGACAGAAAAAUGUUUAACCUAGUAGUUUUAAUUGAUUUGAAGAAAGCCUUUGAUACUGUUGAUCAUCAAAUUCUGCUGAACAAAUUAGAGCUCUAUGGAAUAAAAGGACAAGCUCUAACUUUGCUCAAAUCCUAUCUCACAAACAGAAACCAGAAGUGCCAAAUAAAAAACUCAUUUUCAUCUGAGCGUUUGAUUAAAUGUGGUGUACCACAAGGCUCUAUAUUAGGGCCAUUAUUCUUUUUGUUGUACAUCAAUGAUUUGCCACAUUGUCUAAACAAAACAAAACCGCGGUUGUUUGCUGAUGACACAAAUUUGACUGCUUCAGCAAAUUCUAUGACUGACCUAGAGACUGCAGUAAAUUGUGAUUUAGAGAACCUUAGAAAAUGGUUAAUAGCCAAUAAACUUAGCCUCAAUGUAGCUAAGACAGAGUUUAUGUUGAUUGGCUCUAAACCUAUGAUCAAAAAUAUUUCUGAUUCUUGCCCAAAUGUUUACAUUGAAAAUAUACAAAUUAAACAAGUUUAUGAAUGCAAAACUCUAGGAGUAACAAUUGACCAGCAUUUAUCUUGGAAAAGUAAUACCGAAAAUAUUUGCAAAAAAGUUACAGCAGGAAUCUCUGCUAUUCGUCGGAUCAAACCAUUUGUUGAUCAAGAUACACUUAUUUUGAUAUAUAACACUAUUGUUCGUCCGUACUUUGACUACUGCUGUGAAGUAUGGGAUGUAUUUGGCGAAACUCAAUCAAAACGACUGCAAAAACUGCAAAAUAGAGCGGCAAGAAUUAUUCUGAAUAUAAGCAAUGACGUAGAUUAUACGAUUGCGUUACGUACUUUGGGCUGGGAGCCACUCCAAACUGAAAGGAAGAAAACUAGAGCAAGAAUGAUGUAUAAGUUAUUAAACAAAAUGGGCCCAAAAUCACUCACAAAUCUAUUUUCGUUUAAGAGUGAGAAAACUAAUUACCACCUUCGGGAUGUCUCAAGUGGUCUUUAUUUACCAAAACCACGUACAAAUAGCAUGAAAAAUAGUUUCAUGUACGACGGAGCAAACAUUUGGAAUUCUAUACCAAACGAAAUUAGGGAAAGCAAGUCACUUUCUUCCUUUUGAAAUAAAAUCGCUGCUCACAUUAGUGCUUGGUAACCUUUGUAAAUAUAACUUACCUGUAAAUAGCUCAAAACAUUUGUUAUAUCUUUUAAAUUUAUAUAUUACUGUAAUAGCUUAGCUUAUCCUUAUCAUAUUCUGCAUGUAAAAUAAUUUUCUGGCACACGCCCCCCGUGGAAAUCAGCUACGGUUGACGGGGUCAGCGUGGAUAAAUAAAGUUCUACUACUAUGCUUUUUCCGACGUGUUAAAAGAUUAUCUCAGCCCAGCUUACUAAAAAGGUCGCUGGAACUAGCAUCAUAUUGAGAUUUAGUGAUGACCCUCGCUGCCCUAUUUUGCAAUUUUUGCAAUUUGUCAUUUAACGUGAUAUUCAAACCAUCCCAAACUGAGCUGCAAUAAUCAAAGUGCGGUUGAAUUGGUGCUCCAUAAAUUUUCAGAGCAGUGUUUGUAUCUAUAAAUUGGUGCACCCGUUUAAGAGCUCCAAUAGCUGAUGCAAUCUUUUUGGAAAUAUUUUCGACAUCCCGUGCCCAUGUAAGAGCUCAUCGAUUUGCAAGCCUAAAGAUUUCGUUUCGUUGACUCUCGUAAUUGUCUUUCCGUCGAAAUCUAUCCUUAAGUAUGUGUUCGUUAUCAUGUAGUAGUAAUCCUUGACGAGAUCCUAUUAUCAUGAAUUCCGUUUUAGCUACGUUAAGACUCAGUCUAUUAGCUAGUAGCCAGUGAUGAAGAUUUUUCAAUUCAGAGUUUAUUAUUUGCUCAAGCUUCGUGACGGAAUUUACUGCGAUGCUAAUAUUAGUGUCGUCAGCAAACAUUCUUGGAGAGGAUCUGUCGAGACAAUUAGGCAAAUCAUCCCAGAGCCGAUCGCGCGAAGCGCCGGGCGAGAGUACUCAUGAAGAGCGGGCACUGCAUGAUUGGUCCAAUUUAAAGUUUGCAUUAUAACGACUGCAUGACGACAGCGAAAUAGCAAACAUUUCUUGACUUGAUGAUUGAUAAUAGUGUACUAAUUAACAUGCCAUAGCACAGUGGAGCUAUUACCCUUGUAGCCAAACGGAUUCAACGGCUUUGCGUCCUUGUGCAAUUCUAUGUAGCCGUGCAGACAGCAUUAAAAUCAGUUAUUAUGUGGUUUAUUUUCUAUGCAAAUUAUUACAUACUGAGAUCGGGGUGUUCUAAAACAAUGCGCCCUGCUAUAUAAACCGACAAUAAAUAAACCGACAAUAUAGAGGCAAUUAAUUCAUGAAUCAAAUAUUUAAGUUUUUCAUUACAAAGGUAAAAAAGUUUUAAAUGAGCUUGGCAAUCAAUCGUGAUAUUUCGCAAGCUUCCAUAGACGAACGGAACGGAAAAUGUCUUCAUUUCCUCUCACGUACUAAGGAAUACGACAAGUAAAAAUGAUCUUCCAAGAAAAUGGGUCAUUCUAUUAAUGGUUAGCGGCCAAAGCAGUUUAUUUGCAAACUAAUUGUUUCAGCUCCAGGUUGAAAUCAAAGCUGGCUCCAGGUUCGCGAACCUCGAGCUGGCAAUCAUCAUCUAAACAAUCAGCAUUCAAACCUAAAUAAUCGCCGACCUUUAUUGUAAACACGAUACAGUAGUGAGAAGAUCACGUAGACGUCGCCGAAAAAAUCACCUAAUUUUCUCACCUUAAUUAAUGUGAUUUUUUCACUCUCAACAUUUUGCCGUCGACAUAUCAUAUUCGACAUUUAACCCACGACAUUUAGCAGCGGAAAUUUAGUUAACCCUCGACUUUUUACUUUCACCCUCGACUUUUUACCCUCGACAGUAGUAGUGUAUGUGGUUUUCGACCCUUAUUUUUGGGGCGGCGCGGGGCGGCGCGGGGCGGCGCGGGGGCAAAAGCCGUUUUUAUGAUCGCUAUUUGCAUGUUGUUCAACAUUAUUUAGCAAACCUACAUACAUAUAUACGGUCAAGAUGACCGAGUCAGAUAGAAUACUUCAAGGAAAAAACCUGUAGAACAAUUUAACAGUCUUAGUUGUAAUAUUUUUUGUCUAUUAUUUGUAUUAAGAAACAUGUUUUACACUUUGCUGCGUUGUUAUGCGUUGCUAAGUCAUUAGGAGGCGUGUAAGUAAUUAAGGGGAUUAAGGUAAUACGAAUUUGCAUAACUAAGUGUAUUCCGAUGGAUAGAUAGGGAUUAUUUUUAACGCCGGUGUAUACCUUAAAAUCAGGCGCGUGGCUUUGCGUGUGCAUGCAUAUAUUAACGUACAACAUAUUUGUACACUAAUCAGGCGGGCGGAUCGCGCGGGCGGAAAGAGCGGGCUUUGUCGGCAAAAAUGUACACAAUAUUUCAGUUUUUAAAUUUAUUUCUUCAAAACGCUUUACAAAAUUUAGUACGGUCUACUUCUAAGAGCAUAACGUCUAGGAGUGUUUGUUAUUUUUAAAGAGUUUUCAUAUUCUUGUCUAUCUUCUGGGGAUAACCUUGCAACAUCUUCAUUCUUCAUUGGAAUAUAUUUCGGCCUCUCGCGAAGUAAUCUUUGUUCGUAACCUUCUCUUUGUUCAGGGGUCAUCAUUGUCAAAUCUUGGGGCCUCCAAUCUGUAGAGUCUACCCAAUUGUGGAAAAAGUUGCGCUUGAGUUUUGGUCGUUCCUCUUCUGUUGGUGGUGGUGUAAGGAAAUUAGGUUUAGGUGUAGCAGGCACUGGUGGUGCUAUCUCGACAGAUUCAUUGGGUUGUGGCAUCUCUGCAGGCACGAAUGGAGUUGUCUGAACAGGAGCUUGAGUCGGAACAUCCAUCUUAUUUUUGAAUGUCAAAAACCGAUUUAGUUGAUCAGAGUAUAAUUUGCUUUUUCCACUGCGCUAAGCUGUGGUGCACCGUAAUUAAACAUCGAUUGAUUCAGACGUGCAUUAUUGAGCUCCGUAUUUUUUUUUAGUUCAUAUUUUGUAUAAUGAAUAACUUGCUGACGACAACUGCGAACAUUAAGCUAUUGUAUGAUGGUGAUAAAUAUCGAUGGACUGGUUCCCUUAUCGAGUUAAAGGAAUUCGUUAAUAAGUAUCUACAAAUUAAAGGGGAAUGGACUUCACCUGGUGGUCAUGUUAAACUAUUUACCGCUGAGGCUUCUGACUUCGCUAUUAAAUGGUAUGGCCCACGUUCACAGAAGCUUACGAUUGAAGUUGAUAGCUGUGAUCACUAUCUAGAGGCGAAACUUAUGAACUUGUCUGUUGGUAAGCAAGUAAGUGAAGGCGAAUUGCAUGCAAACAAAGAUGACGCUCUUAAAUCAUCGGAGCCGUGUAGCUGUAGUUGUAAAUGCUCGGGCGGAGUUGCCGUAGCUAGCUUGGAAGGUUUGAAAUUGGAUAUAGCAAUCCUAGAAUCACGUCUUAACUUGGCUAACCCGAGCGACGAGAUACUUUCAGAACUAACUUUAAUCCAAAAUAAUAAACCAAUAAACCUAAGGGGUCCGGGACAGUAUAUGUCCCCUCGUUUCUACUAUCAAAUGUGAUGUCACUGUCUCCAAAUAUAGACGAAGUACGUGAAGUAAUACGCUGUGGUAAUUAUGAAUUUGUCAGUCUGGUAGAGACUUGGAUACAGAGUCACAUUCACGAUAAUAUUAUCAAUAUACAAGGAUAUAACCUAAUUCGUAGAGACAGGGUCGAAGGCACCCAUGGUGGUGUUUGUGUUUAUAUUAAAGAUUCCAUAGCUUUUACAGUGCUUGAUGAACUCUAUAACAGUUCAUUUGAAAUACUGUGGAUCAGCAUCCGACCUAAUAGACUACCCAGAGGAAUUACUAACCUGAUAAUUGGCACAGUAUACCACCCUCCCAGCGCAGACAAUUCAGACAUGUUGGACUAUCUUUCAAAUUGUUUGUCGCGUGUAGAGUCGCGUUUUCCCAACUGUUGCCUUAUUAUCCUUGGCGACUUUAAUAAGUUAAACGUGUCGAGACUAAGAUCGUGUUAUAAUCUGAAACAACUCGUAAACUUCCCCACACGUGGGAAUAAUACGCUCGAUAUAGUCCUAACAAACCUUAGCACUUACUACGACAAACCUACCAAAUGUGCCCCGUUCGGGUUAUCCGAUCACGUGACCAUUGCGAUUAGACCAAUUAAACGAUCAAAAGUUCAAGGAACAUCAACAGCAUCAGUAAAGGUGAGAGACUUGAGACCUAGUUCCCGCCUUGCUGUAAGGAAAUAUAUAGAUAUGGUAGACAUUCCCACCUUGCUUAACACAGGCCACUCUUGUGAAGAAAAAACAUCUUUAUUCCAAACAAUAAUUAACAAUGGGUUGGAUUCAAUUAUUCCGCUAUGUAAUAAAACUGUUAGAUUAAAUGAACCUCCAUGGAUGAACACAACUUUGAAAGGUCUUAUAAGGAAACGACAAAAAGCCCUUAAUCAGAAAAGAACUACAGAAUUUAAAAGGCUGAGGAAUCAAAUCAACCGCCAAAGAAAAAAAUGUCGGGCAAAAUAUUACGAAAAUAGCGUUCACCAUUUAAAACAAUGUAAACCAUCAGCAUGGUGGAAAGAGGUUAAAAAGCUUAGUGGAAUAAAUGUAAUCGGGGGAACCUCAGAUGAAAUUGUGAAAGCUCUGAGACCAGGAGAUGACCCUUCUAGCUCUGAUAAAAGAGAUUUAGCCAACGAGAUUAAUAAUGCCUUUUUGGCUCCUAUGGCUAGAUAUGUGCCGUAAUCCUCAGUACCUCGUCAACAUCUCAUCCAACCUAAACAAAGUGAUACAGUAAUUACUGUAACAUCGAAUGCUGUUUUCGAAAACCUUCUCAAACUUAAUCCCAAAAAAGCUCAUGGUCCGGAUGGCAUACCGUCGUGGCUCCUAAAAGAAAACGCAGAUCUAUUAGCUGGUCCGAUAACGGCCAUCUUGAACUGUUCAUAUCGGGAAUGUACCCUACCGCCAGUUUGGAAGAAGGCGGACGUAGUUCCAAUACCGAAAGAAAAGCCCAUCCAGGAUAUCAAUCGUCAGUUACGCCCUAUUUCACUUACACCUAUUCUAUCGAAACUCGCAGAAGAAUUUGUUGUAAUGAUUUAUGUGAAGCCAGCAGUGAUGGAAUUGAUCGAUAGUAAACAAUUUGGGACGGUGCCGGAUAGUUGUACGACAUAUGCUCUUAUAAGCAUGCUACACACUUGGAAUAAGGAUACGGAUGGUAACGGUUCAACAACUCGAGUUAUGACGUUUGACUUCCGUAAAGCAUUUGAUUUAAUAGACCACAAUAUUUUAUCGGAGAAGUUAACAAAGUAUAACAUACCGAGGUCUGUCAUGCUUUGGAUCUUAGACUUUCUGACUGACCGAGAACAGAGGGUAAAACUCAGCCAAGAUUGCCAUUCCGAAUGGGGCAAGGUCCCAGCCGGCGUCCCCCAAGGCACAAAGCUCGGCCCAUGGUUAUUUUGUAUUAUGAUUAAUGAUCUAAGCGUUAAGGACGUUAAUGAUUUAUGGAAAUAUGUUGACGACUCAUCCUUGUCGGAAUCAGUUUGUAGAGAUGGCCCAAGUAACUUACAAAAGUACGUAGAUGAAUUUAACCAGAAAUCAACAGCUAACGGUUUUCAGAUAAACGAAUCAAAAUGCAAAGAGUUGUGUAUAAGCUUUGCACCAAGCAUACGUGAGUUCCAGCCAAUUACUAUUAAUGGGAAAAUUGUCGAACGUGUAACAUCGGUAAAAUUGCUGGGUCUAACCAUCUCAAAUAACUUGAAGUGGAAUAGUCAUAUUUCACACGUUUGUAAAAAGGUCGCACCUCGUCUAUAUUUUUUAAGACAACUAAAACGAGCGAAAUUACCAGCUAACGACCUAAUCCUUUUCUACUCCACCUGUAUUCGACCAGUCAUCGAGUAUGCGUGCCAAGCAUUUCACGACUCAUUACCCAAAUACCUGUCUGAUGAUCUUGAAAGACUUCAGAAACGAGCUUUUCGAAUAAUAUUCCCAGAUCAACACUACAAAGAAGCAUUGAGGAACACGAACACCCCAUCACUGUACGAUAGAAGUCAGGAAUUAACAACAAAACUUUUUAAGGACGUAGUCAAUAAUCCUGCGCACAAAUUAACGGAUUUGUUACCGCCAUUAAAUAAUGACAAUAGUCAUUUUUUGCGUAAAAAUAGGAAAUUUAACGUGCCACUUCAUAAAACGAACAGAUUUAGGAACAGUUUUAUCACUUAUAACUCUAAUAAGUUUUUUGAAUAACUUAGAAACUGUUUUUUUACCGCGAAUAUGCUGGUUUUUAACCUGAUCUAAAUUAGCAUUAGUGAGUGUUUUAGUAACAAAUUAUAAGUCUGCGCAUACAGUAUAUAUAUGUGAAUGUGUAUUUUUAAGUAUUUAGUCUAAUCUUAUUCGUUUUCUUAAACAAAUACAUGUAAAAUUAGUUUUAAUAUCCUUGUAAACCUAACAUAUUUCAGCAGUGGAAUUAGUUAUAUUCUGGAGCUGUAAGUUUUAGUGUCAAAUAAACUAUCAAACUAUCUCUGUUCGGCAUCAUACAUUGCGUUUGCAAGUGGUGGUUGACGAUACGACUGUUUGUGUAAAAACUUUGCAAUCUCGCCGGGAAGUACGUUUGUCUUGAGUCGAUCUUGGUCACUCGUUGUCGGCUUUAAAUCCAACAUCAAAUAUCCGUGAGGCCUGCUCGUAACAUCUUCAUAACUCUUCAUAAACUCUUGUACUUUGCCGGGAUUUAUUUGCCUUGCAAGUAUAGAAAUUUGUUGUUUAUCUCUUGGUGACUUGAAUAAUACGAUAUAAUGCGCGUUUAGACUAAUAUUUCUCAUUUCUUUGCCCUGAUGAAAUAUAUUUUGGACAAUAUAGAUGACAGACAAAUUUCGAUGAUGACUUCCUUUCGUAAAAAGAUCAGAAAUACGUUUAUCUUUGCCAGAUUGAGCCAUAAGAUCAUCCAAUACGAUCAAAUUCCGUUGCGAUACGUCCAAGUAAUCCGCAUUGCCGAUAUCUUCGGGGAUGCCUUCAUUAAACUCGAUUCCAGGCAUUAUUCUCAUCAUAUCAAAAUAGGACGGUUGUCAUUGACCAUAACACCAAAUGAUACGUUGAGGAGUAGGACUUAUAGUCGUUUGAGCAUUCUCCAAGAGAGAUUUCACCCAUACGGUUUUGCCGCUUUGGGUACAUUCUGCAACGAUGCAUGUAAAGGGAUGCUGCAUGACUGUAACCCCAUUCACCGUGAGAGUUUGCUGCCCAAGAUUACGAGUUCCAUAUGCAUGGACAACCUUCUUGUGGCGAAGGAGAUUACUCGCAUUUGCAAACGUUUUACCGAAGAUGUCGCAUUCAUAAGACAUGUUUACUUCUCAAGAGUCAGUGUAAAAUGAUUUAAAGCAAGAGUGAAGAGGUGUAUUUAUCCCGUUGGUUAUUGUCGCGUCUAUGAAGACUAUUGUAAAGACUAUGAAAGACUAUAGUCCUGACUAUGAAAGACUAUAGUCCUGACUAUGAAAGACUAUAGUCCUGAAUAUGAAAGACUAUAGUCCUCACUAUGAAAGAAUAUAGUCCUGACUAUGAAAGCCUAUAGCCGUGACUAUAUGAAAGACUAUAGUCCCGACUAUGAAAGACUAUAGUCCCGACUAUGAAAGACUAUAGUCCUAACUAUGAAAGACUAUAGUCCUGACUAUGAAAGAGUAUAGUCCUGACUAUGAAAGACUAUAGUCCUGACUAUCAAAGACUAUAGUAAAGACUAUGAAAGACUAUAGUCCUGACUAUGAAAGACUAUAGUCUAACUAUGAAAGACUAUAGUCCUGACUAUGAAAGACUAUAGUCCUGACUAUGAAAGACUAUAGUCAUGACUACGAAGACUAUAGUAAAGACUAUGAAAGACUAUAGUCCUGACUAUGAAAGACUAUAGUCCUGACUAUGAAAGACUAUAGUCAUGACUAUGAAAGACUAUAGUCCUGACUAUGAAAGACUAUAGUCCUGACUAUAUAAAAGACUAUAGUCCUGACUAUGAAAGACUAUAGUAAAGACUAUGAAAGACUAUAGUCCUGACUAUGAAAGACUAUAGUCCUGACUAUGAAAGACUAUAGUCCUGACUAUGAAAGACUAUAGUCCUGACUAUGGAAGACUAUAGUCCUAACUAUGAAAGACUAUGAAAGACUAUAUGACUAUGAAAGACUAUAGUCCUGACUAUGAAAGACUAUAGUCCUGACUAUGAAAGACUAUAGUCAAGACUAUAGUAAAGACUAUGAAAGACUAUAGUCAGACUAUGAAAGACUAUAGUCCUGACUAUGAAAGACUAUAGUAAAGACUAUGAAAGACUAUAGUAAAGACUAUGAAAGACUAUAGUAAAGACUAUGAAGACUAUUGUCUAGACCUAAUCUAUAGAGGGCGAGCCGAUCCUUAUAUACGUGUUAUUUCCAACUAAAUCUUCAUUCCGUUGCUGACCGCCGAACAGAGAUGACUAGCAGUUAUAUGAAACACAGACCAUUUGUAGAACUCUUAUGUACUUCUCAUCCAACUCAACAGCAAGCUCUUCUUAAUUCUACAUCAGCUGAGCAAAUUCGAUGCUUGUGUCAUUGUAUAGAAAAUUUCACAUACUCCAAAGAAACAAAGGACAAACUCAGACCUUUCGAACAAGAUCUAGCUGAUUUAGCAGACAGAGAUAGAAAUUUUAAGACGAAAAAGGAAAUUCUUGUUCAGCGGGGAAGCGGCUUUCUGGGAUUGGUACUUGGACCACUUUUAGAAGGCCUUGCAGAAAUAAUAUAAAAUAAAAAGUAUGAAGGACAUCUCCUCAUUCCAAUCAUGGAUAGCGACAAACGAUCAUCUCCUGAACAGUGGAGACUUGAAGACAUUCUCAAAUAUCUUGACGUUGAUGAUGAACACGAAGCCGAAGAAAUCCUUCAUUCUAUUUUAACAUCUACGGGGAUUUUGACUUGGAAUGGAAAAGGAGAAAUCGUUUACAGAGGACAUAAUAUACGAGGCACUGACAUUGUAGACCUUCUGAAAUAUUGCGUGACGCCUUAUCAUCCAGAUAUUCCCGAACCAACUGGAUUGAGUAUUUUUAUAAAAGGUCUUGCAGAAUUGGAAAUUGAUAAAAGCCUGAUCUUAAAUGGACAUGUCCUUUCUGUGUUAACCCACAAGUGGUCCCGUCAGGAUACACAAUCUGAUGCUGACGCAACUUGUAACAGUUGUAACAAAGUAAUAUACAUCUCCCAUUUGAGUACGUGCCCCGUAUGCGCAUGGACAGAUUUUUAUCCGAAUUGUAAAAACUGUCGCUGUAUGAUCUGUGAUUUUCAAGUGUCCAAAGGAGAUUUUACACAUGUAAUCACCAGCUGCCCACAUUGUCGCCGAGGUGAAAUUAUAGGUAUCAGAACGGAUGAAAGGCAGUCCUUUAACCAUAAAAUAGGCGACCAAAGUGAUAUUUGAUUAGUUGACUGCGUGAAGUUGAACUGAACACAUCAACAUGCCGAGAGGUACACUUGUUGUAGACGAAAAACUACUGAGAGACCAUUUCUUGAGACAGCAGCGUGGCGGAAACAUCGCUGGGUUUAAUGGUGCACGUAUGCAAAGGGGAUACGGGAUCGGAGGUAUUUUCAAGAGCCUUGCGAGAUAUGCUAUUCCUCUAUUCAAACAAGGUGCUAAAGUUGUUGGCAAAAGAGCAUUACAAGCAGCCACAGAAGUGGGUCAAGAUAUACUCCAAGGAAAAAAUGUAAGAGAAUCUGUAAAGACUCACGGAGGUGACGUUGUUAAAGACUUUGCCGAACAAGGAGCAAAAGCCCUACUACAACAAGCAGGGCGCGGAAGCAAGAGAAGGCAGGGCCAACGCAGUAAUUUAUCAACUACAAAGAGGUUAAAACUGUGUUCUCAUAUAACAGUCCCAGGACAUACCAAAUGAAUUACGGAAGAUGAAAGCAGCCACGAUGAUGAAAGCAGCUAUGAUGAAGAAUCUGAUAGCGAAAACCCUGAAACAAGUGACGAUAUAUAUUAGAAGCAUAACUUUGUAAAACGUUUUGAAGAAAUAAACGCGCUUAAAAACUGAAACAUUGUGUAAUUUUUUGCCGGCAAAGCCCGCUCUUUCUGCCCACGCGAUCCGCCCGCCUGAUUAGUGUACAAAUAUGUUGUACGUUAAUACAUGCAUGCACCCGCAAAGCCACGCGCCUGAUUUUAAGGUAUACACCGGCGUUAAAAAUAAUCCCUAUCUAUCCAUCGGAAUACACUUAGUUAUGCAAAUUCGUAUUACCUUAAUCUCCUUAAUUACUUACACGCCUCCUAAUGACUUAGCAACGCAUAACAACGCAGCAAAGUGUAAAACAUGUUUCUUAAUACAAAUAAUAGACAAAAAAUAUUACAACUAAGACUGUUAAAUUGUUCUACAGGUUUUUUCCUUGAAGUAUUCUAUCUGACUCGGUCAUCUUGACCGUAUAUAUGUAUGUAGGUUUGCUAAAUAAUGUUGAACAACAUGCAAAUAGCGAUCAUAAAAACGGCUUUGACAACCCGGGAUUAGCAACUGCUUAUUUCUGUUGCGAUAUUUUUUAUUUCUGUUUGGAAACUUAUUGCUCAAAAUAAGCCAUCAAAAUUAAAACGAAUUUCAACUGCGUGUUGAAAAUAAGAGGGACUCACAACGUUGCUACAUGGUUGUAAGGCAAAAAUUUUUCUACCGUACCGGGUUCGAACCGGUGACCUAAGGAAUACUGAUUUGGUAAUAACUACAGUCCUUUGCUCUACCAACUGAGCUAACGGUAGGUUUUAAAAACUAACUUCUAUUUCAUACUUUUAAACAUGCAAACUAUGAGAAACCUCUUGUCGUUUUAUUACAAACUUGUCAGAAACUAACAGCAAAAUGCUAGAGCUGUACUUAUUAAACUCCAGACAACAACAUAUUCUCUUGUAUAUAGCCCUAACUAUUGUGUCGCACACGAGGAGGGGCGCUAAAAAAUGCGUAGUCAGCAAGUUUCGCCCGAUCGUGUUUAAGCUCGCCCGCGUGACGUCAUUACUUGCCUGAUCCUACCCGCGUGACGUCAUUGCAUGUAAUUAUGACGUAUGCUAAUGAUGAUGCGCCGCCCCACGCCGCCCCGCGCCGCCCCACGCCGCCCCGCGCCGCCUCGCGGCGCCCCGCGCCGCCCCAAAAAUAAGGGUCGAAAACCACAUACACUACUACUCUCGACAUUUAACCCUCGUUAUUCGAUACACUACCAAUAUAAAUAAACUCAUCUGAGGUUAAUUUGAAUAACAAACGCAUACUGGUGAAUGCGUACAUGGAAAUAAUUGGCUUUGGUCGAUUUAUCUUCCGAUUAUUUGGUAUUAUCAGCCACCGAUAAAAUAAAAUUAAUCGAAUCGGCUAAUUGGCAAUUUCAGCUAUCCGGUGUCACAGGACUUUAGCCCCCAAGGAGAUUCGCCCCCCCCCCCCCUCUCAAAAGAGGGGCGAUAUUCCAAACGAUUACAAGUUGAUAAGAUUUAUUAAAAACGAUUACAAGUUGAUAAGAUUUAUUGUGUGAUUUAUUUAUUUUAGCAAUGUUAACCAUAGCCGCCACAGUACUCACUAAAUAUAAACUAUAGGAUCAAUAAAAAAUCUAUGGAAUGUGUUGCGAAGCGUAUUGUCCAUUGAGUCGUCAACCUUCCAUGUCAGUGUCAGUGAAGUAAUGUUGAUUUUUGACUUCCUAUAUAGUGUGGUUUAUUCAAAUAAUUUCAUGAUACUUUGAUUUUAUUAGUACCUUAAACAUUUGAGAAUGUGAGUCUGCAAAACUAAAAGCUUUUCUCUCUUUUUUGAAACGUAUAUUAUUGGAGUAUUGAAAAUAUUUAAUAUAUUUAAUAAUGCUGAAUUUCUACCACAAAAUGUUUCUGGGGCCCGAAUAGGUAUGACACGUUGUACAUACUAAUACCUAUUUACAUACUAAUAAUACAUACUAAAGGGCCAACCAUUUAACUUUUGAAGGGAGGGGGGUUGUGGUUUACUGCUGGCAGGGAAUUUUUUCUGGGAUCGUUAUGUGCAAGUUUUAUUUUAUCCCAUCACCAUGUACGAUUUUUUUUGCCACACUUUCUUUCGCAGCAUUUUUUUUCAGUAAUUGUCCCAUGCAAAUGUUAGGAAGGGCAAAAUUUCUAAUGAAGGACGAAAAUCCUAAAGGAAAGGUGAAGUUUCUAAAGGGGAGCGAAUUUCCUAAAGGGGGGGCGAAUUUCCUAAAGGGGAGGCGAAUUUCCUAGGAAUUUCGCCCCCCGGGAGGGCGAUAUUCCUAGGAAUUUCGACCCGCUGGAGGGCGAAAUUGUGGGGGGGACGAAAUUCCUUGGACACUGCCUCAUCCAUAGCCAGCGUUAUGACUGCCAAUCCGACUGUGGUGUUGAUGACAUGGUAAGGAAGGUUCCUACAUUUUCUGGUUAUCGGUGAGAAUUCAUGAAACAGAAAUUUAUCAAACAAAAAAGAUCAUCCGAAAUUGCCCAACAGCCCAUAUAAAUGAGUACGGAUUGAUUUUUGACAGUUUGACAGUGGUAUUGAGGCAGGCACUUGGAAUUUUCCCCAGUCUUUAGUUUUCAAAAUCUCUCUGACAAAGCAAACCCUCCGACCCUCCUAAAACUCUGUGUAGUUUUUUAAAACUGUCAAGUAUCAAUAGAUCUGAAUGUUUUUCUUGUGAAACUAGACACUGACGUAAUCGGCAUAUAUUCAAUGUUAACCAAAGUUUAAUAAUACAUAGUGCCUAGACAUAUGCGUAUCAAGCUAAUGACUAGGCAACCCCCACCCCCGCAUUUGAAGGACGCCUAACGUCACCCUUGUGAUUACCACCUACGCAGGAAUCCAGCAUUCAAUUCAAAACAUUGUAUUAUAUUUGUUUAGGGAAAGCACUGGACGUUGCUAACUAUGGUCUAUUCAAGAACAGUGGUAGACCAGACGCUCUGAAAUUCUUAGUCGUCAUAGCUCAAACUAAGUCCACAGAUGACGUGAAUCGUGCUGCGAGAGAUUUGAGAAAUUCUGGUGUGAAUAUCUUGUCUGCUUGGUCAGGAAAGCGAAACUCGCACAGGGAUGAUUUGCAGAGCAUUGUUAGUCCACCCAAACACUAUAAUUUGUUCGGAGAUGGUGGAAGUUCAGUGGAUAAACUUGCCCUACUCAUUGUAAAAAGAAUUCGUUAUGGUAUGUUUUGAAUAUAUUGAGAAACUGAAAAAUUAUACAGGGUGUCCCAAAAAAAAGUGACACUAUAGAAAUUAUCUCAUUGUUCUUAAGCCGCUCUUAAUCCGCGUGAUUACACCCCUGGGAAUUUAUUAAAUUCCCAGGGGUGUAAUCGCGCGCGUUUAAAAGCGGCUUAAGAACAAUGAGAUAAUUUCUAUAGUGUCACUUUUUUUUGGGACACCCUGUAUAUUCUCUUUUCUUCGUAAACAGCGAACAGACAAAUUUGACUAACGUUGUUCACUUCGUUCCCAGUUGCUACUCAAUUCACAACUUUAAAUAAUUCACAUGUAUAGCUAGUUACUGUUCUAGUUUACCGAGGCAUAGAAUAGAACAAAGGUAACUAAGCGUUAGAGUUAUGUACAUUAGUUAUUCAUCCAUACAUGUAGAUAAUCCCCAGGCCAAUGGCGCGGAGCUUCGUUCCGGGCGUAAGCCCGGGGCGAGGGUACCAAUUCCGCCCGGUUAUUUACACCCGGGUAAACGAAAGCAUUAGCGAAGUCUAAAGUUUAUCAAUGAUCGCGGGCACAGUAUGAUCUAUAAUCUAUGUCGCGGGCGUGUGUGACCAACGGUGUUGAGGUGCAGUGUUGGGUGGGUGGUCAUCCUCACUGAUCUCAAAAAUAUGGCGGACUGUCAUGAAUAGCGAACACUGAUUGGUUAAAUUUAAAAUUUGCAUUAUAACGACUGCAUGACGACAGCGAAAUAGCAAACAUUUCUUGAUUUGAUGAUUUCUUGCAAAUAUAUUUCAUUUUUGCAAGAUUUUGUGAUCAUGAAUUUCAAAAGCUUUCUAAGAAAAUGAAGGCGAAAUAAUUGCUAUAAAAGAAGGGAGUAAAGUCGCCGACGUUUAAUAACGAAGUUAGGUUUGUUUUAAAUAUUGAUGUAUUGUUCGCUUUAUGGAGGGGAGUAAAGGAGUAAAGGAGUAUGGAAGGGAGUAAACUCGCCGACGUUUAAUAACGAAGGUAGUUUUGUUUUAAAUAUUGAUGUAUUGUUCGCUUUAUAAUAGCUUUAAAAGCCGAUUGUUACGUAUAUUUUAAAUGAAAAAGACAACAUAUAAUUUCAGUGUUUCUUUAUUUUUUAUUAUAUAAAAUUUUUAAAUAAAAAAGAAAGCAAAGUUGUUUGAAUGCGAGAAUUUGAAAUCAUUUUAUAAUUUCAAACUCAAAUUUUAUCGAAAACGGCAGUUUAGUUUUAUAAAGAACAUUUUAAAACAUCUUGGGAAGCGUUUGAGGUUGAAUUUUACCUUAAAUUGAAGCUUAUAUCACGUAUAAUAACAUACCUAACAUAUAUAUAUGUUUGAGGAAUUGUUAAUUUUGUAAUUAAAAGUGAUAUUUUUAGGGGAUUUUUGACAUUUUUCAUUUGUAAAAACAUUCUUAACAAAAUUAUCGUUGGUCUGAUUUCAGUGAGUAAAUCCAUUUACAAAGUCAAAUCCGAGUUCGACUCAAUUCCGAGCCCGAUCAAAUAAUGUCCGGCGACGAAAUUGAAUAACAUUUACAAUCCAAUAGGAGUAGGGUAAGGGAUAGGAGUUGUAGUAGGUUUAGGAGUUGUAGUAGGAUUAGGGCUAGAGUUAGUUACUGUAGGAUUAGGGACCAUUAGGCUUUCCAUUCUGUGCAAAAUGUCGCACGAUCGAUCUUUGCGAUCGCUUUCUUUUGAAAUGUAUGCAUUCAACUACAGCUAAUGAGAUUUGCUCCGCUUGACUGUUUGUGGCGGAAAGCUAUUGCAAACAGUCGACUGCGCAACAUUUUGCACUGAAUGGAAAUCCGCCUUAAGUCAUUGAACUACAAAAACCGCUAAAAAUGUUGCUCGGACAUUUGACUCGCAACCCCAUUGGGCCAAAUGGGGCCGCCAGGCUUAGGCGAUAGAGCAAAAACAUUGGCCAGGGCCUCUGAUAUGCUACAAUGUCGUUUUCUGACCAUCAGAAUUCUGUAAAAUCUCUCCCCAAAUCCAGGAAAUGGCAUUUCAGAGAGUCUAGAUUCAAAAUUUUGCGGAUGAGCAUGCCCUGGACCCCGUAGAAUAAACUCGUGCAUAUACGGCGCUCGACUCGUCCCUUUGGCACUUCUACUAGGGAGUCUUCGAAAAUUUUGAACCGGGGCCCCCUGUAUAGCGUUACGCCACUGGUUGCUCGGAUUUGACUUAGUUGACCGACAAACUCUGAUUUCAGUUACUGCUUUUUCGGCAUUUUCAAUAUUUGUACAUGCAGACACUAUUUUUUAUGGCAUUUGUCUAUUUAACUCUACAGGGUGUAUCAGAAAAAAGUAGACAAUUUUAAAAUGGCUUUCAAUUUCACAAAUCCGUUCAUGUCUUGAAAUUUUCAUAAAUAUAGAUUGCUUGGGUACUUUUUAAUGUAGAUGUUUGUUAUGUGUUUUAUUAUAGUGGUCCAAAUAUUAGAACAUUUGCUCAAUUUUAAGUUUUUUAAAUAACUUCUGAGACUUUCCAUUUCUAGCACCUUUUUUUUACUUUUUACAAUAACGUAACGAUACGCAAAUUAGGUAAAUGUAUGAAUUAAUUAAGCAUACGUGAAAGGCAUUGGUUGGUAUCGAAAAAUGAAAGUUUCAGCAGCUGUUUGAGAUUAUUUUUUUAGCUUUAAACUUAAACUAACAGACAUCGAUUAACGUAACGUUUGGACACAGAAUAAAGACAUACAGAAGUGUAUCUUCUUAUUAAAAGUGCGUAAGGGAUUUUUUCAGUCCGCCAUGUUCUUAGCAAGUGCCCUAAAGAGAGGCAGUCACCCCCCUGAAAAUAUAUUGAAAAUUUAAUAUUCCAGGGGGGUGAAUGCCUCUCUUUAGGGCACUUGCUAAGAACAUGGCCGCCAGCUAUUUCGGUAAAAAGCGCCUUACGGUUUUGUAAUGGAAGUUACACUUCUGUUUGUCCUUAUUCUGUGGUUUGGAGGCGCUAUACUCAGCGUUAUAUUUUUAAACACAAAGAUAGUGGACUGUUGGAAUAUUUCGACAGAGUCCAUCACAGUCAGUAUAUUUUUGUGGGUUUCCGGUUUCCCGACCCUACCUAGCUUUUGAACGCCGAAAUCCUGACCCUAAACUUUUUUAUUUCCACUUAGAGGAAAACGUUUGUGGAAAAUGAAAAUUUGAGGCAAUAUUAGGAAAAUUUAUCUUUGUAUGUGGAAGGACUAACUAAACAAAAUGGCGUCCGGUUGUCAGGAAAAUUUUAAAGAACAUUGGCACCAGAAAUUUUUAUUACUUAUAUCUAUUAGGUAUACUUGCGGAAUAUUUAAUUUCACAUUUUGGCCGGUUUGUCGCGUUUAGUUGUUGAGAAAAUUUGAUAAAAACUUCAACCGUUGUCCGUCAUUUUGAAAAUAAGCGCAUAUGCUAAUUUAUGCCACAAAAUACAUUAUCUGACGUCAUUGGCUGGGUAAACACAAUUUCAUGACUAUAAACAACACCUCGAGUAUUGCCACGCGUAGUGUAUUUUAAGCCGAAACAAAAGGCAGCAAAGUUUUACCAAGUAUGUAACUUGUUUGUAACACUAUUUCUCAUAGUAUAUAUCCUACUCCGUGUUAAAUAAACGCAGAAAUUCGAGUGUAAGAAUACAAAUACUAAUGCAAUAUUUUAUGAUCAAUUACCUGUAUUGUAAAUCGCGCCAUUCCUUGCUUUCCCAGUCGCUCGAUAUGUUUUUAUUUGUGAAGAGUGUUGGCCAGUAUAACGCUCAAAACGACGUAUUUUUAGCUAACAUAACACGCACGCAAUAGAUUUCUCUCUUGUAGUUUUGGUGCUACCCAUCCAAUAACGUCACAAAGUUCAUUGACUUUCGAGAUAAUUUUGUAAAAAAUAUUUCCAAGAUGGCGGCGAAAUACAAAGUUUGCAUGCAUUUUACGCGUAGACUAAAAUGUUUGAAAACGAAAUGAUAAUAUUUUCAUAGUUAGGUCGUUAAGUAGGAUUGAAAUAGCCAAUAAAAAUUUUCGGUGCCAUUGUCCUUUAAAAAAAGGUUAAAACCGACCUACCCUCAAUAUGAUAGGUUUUUACAAGAAGAAAUAGGAAACCUACAUGUAUGUUUUUUGGCCUUAUUGUACUAUUAAAAUAUAAUUAAUCUAAAUUCUCUGUAUAAUUUUGUUUAGAAAACCCCACAAUAUUCUUAGAUUUUUUACGGCUUAAAAAUUAUAGUUGUUUAUGCCAGUAAUCAGUAUCAAAAUUUAAUAAUUUAUGAAUUGCCUGAUUUUAUUCACAUAUCAUAACAUUUUUAUUGAUUUAAUUAUAUGAUCUGAUUUUGGCGUUGUUCCCUUUUUUUCUCUGUCCGUCCUACUGCCCAAUUCUUUGAAAUGCUGUUGCGUAUAUCAUUUUGCAGCAGGUUCGCCGCAAACUCUUGUCUAUUUUGCUGCCUUUCGCCUUCAAUAUAUUUUACCCUAUUUUCGACGGGUGGGGUGUUGCACAAUAUUUCAUAGGUUUUUGUUCUGGUUAGAAACAUUUAACAGUUCACUUGUGUCAGUAGUUCACUUGUUCAUUUUUUUUAUUAUUAUUGUGCAUGCCUAGUGAUAUUUUACGAUUUCCUGCAAUCUGAUUGGCUGCAGCAGCGGGCGGCUUUUUACUAUAUAUUGACCGUGGUCCAAAAGUGUUAUUUUUUAGCGACAAAUUUGUUUGUCGCUAAAAAGUGCUAUUUAAAUUUUUUAAAUUGAUUUAAAAGCCAUGUAAAUUGUUCAAGGAGAAAACAAAAUGUACUUAGAUGAUAGUACGUUAUCAUAGCGAGAGUAAAUUUUACUAUCCAGACAAGGUGAACGUACUUUGUAGAAAACAAUCCAAUUUCAGCCUCAAACAAGCCACAUUGACCAUCCGAAUAGCGGAGGAAUUACGAGCGACAUUCAAGAUUUCAUUUUAUCAAAGCGUCCUGAAAACACACUGAAGAAAACAAAAUAUGACAUAAAUAUCUGGAAAAGAUACCUUUGAAUCCGAAAACGAACUACGAGAAGUAUCCCGGCCGAAGAGUUAAACGUUCACCUUUGUCGUUUCUUUAUGCAAGCAGAAAAGAAAAAUGGCACGGCGUAUGAACCUAACACUUUGACAUGUUUCUUCAGAAGCAUUCAGCGUUAUCUUAAUGAUAAAAAUUAUCCGACAAAUGUAUUCAAAGAUCAAGAGUUUAACAAAGCUAGAGAAGUGUUCUGAACUAAAAAAAAGAGGUGGUGAGCGAAACUUGAGAAGAUCAACUUUUCCGCCUUGGCGAGUUUGGUGACAGCAAUCCUGAAGCACUGCAACGUAUUUCGAGUUUCGAGCACGAGAUGAAAGUAGACGUCUAAAAUGGGGCGACGUAAAACUGUGCGGAGACGAAGCAAACGGCGCGCGGUCAGUUUUUAGUUUGGCAGUAUGAACGAGGGUCAAAAACACGCAAUGGAAAUGGCCAGCAACAAGCAUUUAAUCACACUGCAGAAGCAACAAACUGCGAACGUUGUCGUGUAAGAUUUUACCAGGAGUUAAUUUAUGAGACGUCGACCAGAUCCAGGUAUCGAAGGCAACAUCACCAACCACAGCGUUAGAAAAACUUGUGUUUCCCAGUUGACGGAUGCAGAUAUCCGCACCAAUCACGUAACUCAGUUGAGUGGCCAAAAAAACCUUAAAAGUCUUACAAAUCGGCUUCUCGCGAUCAUCAACGAAAAAUGUCAAAUGUUUUGAGCAGGUCAUCGACACCCCAUCGCCAAACAACAGCGAUUCCGUGCUCCAAAAUACUCCGAAUACUCAGUAUAUUACCAUGAGUAAUCGUGUAAUGAAUUACGACGCCAAAUAAGCUGUAAAUUCACAGGUUUCUGCGCUGUUUUCUGGAGCGUCCAUUGGGAAAAUCAAGGUUGUAAUUUCAAUAUCCAGUACGUGACAAGCGAGGAAAGUACCGACAACAAUCAGCCAACAACAAGCAAAAAGCGGACGAGUCCUUAUUUAAUAGCGACGACUCUGAUUCGGAUUAAAGGUUUUCAAUUGUUUUCUGACUUGUUUUAAAACUUUUUACAUGUUGUUGCAUUGUGUAUUCGCAUGCAGCCAAACAUUCGUUUAUAAAACGUUGCAUGGGCAUGGUCGUUAAUCUUUUUAAAUCAUGUGAGCAGGUUAAUAAUGCCAAUAUUAUCAUUCUAAAUUAUUAUCAAUAUUUAACAAUUAUUGAAUGAGGUUGAGCACGAUAUGAAGAAUUAUCAAGCCCAAAUUUUGCCAUUAUCAACCGAAGCCGAAAGCUGAGGUUGAUAACGGCAAACUGAGGGCUUGAUAAUUCUUCAUAUUGUGCGAAAACCGAAUUAAUAUAAUUGUUUUAUUAUUUAUUUAAAAAAUUUAAAACAAUCGGAAGCCAAUUGUAUUUUAUUUGUAUUAAGAAAAAAAACAAUAGACCUUUAUAAAAAGGUUGACGUCAGCAGGCUUCUGACGUAGUUUGCGGAGAAAAUCCCGAAAGCUCAGAGUUGUUUACUUAACUGUUUUGAGUUUUUUUAAACCCAAAAGAAGCGAGUAUUAUGGUAAGUUUGAAGUAAAUUUUUCUAUAUAUAGGCCAAAUGAGUUUUCAUAUUCGUCGUAGUUUAAAUUUUAUUUGUUUUUAUAUUAGAUUUUACAUUAUUUUACUGUCAACAUUUAGCGAACUCAAAUUCAUCAGUCUAUAAAUCAUCAGAAUGGCCCCAAUGAAGCUGGAGACUGCAAUACACAGGUUCAGCGAUCGUGCAAAGAGGUACAUAAGUGAACUUAGACAUAAGUCUAUUGUUUUUAUCGAUAUAGUUGAAGUGAACAUACGUGACAAGUAGCUUUUUAUCAAUCGUGUAUAUAGUCUAGGACCUGUAUAUGAGUUUGUAUGCAUUUCAUUUAGGACAGAUAAUCUCAACUGUUUUAGGGCAAGUUGACCAUGACGGUCAAUUUGGUAACGCUGUCCGAACCCCAAUCCGGGGAGAAACGUCCGAAACUGACCACACCCAAAAACGACGCUUUCGCCAUACUGCUAUCUACCAAACCAUAAAAGCUUUGGCUAUUCUGAGGUGCUUAUGUGGUUCAGAGAUGGUACUUUUGGGGGUGGUCAUUGGUAAGUGUGAAAUGCCUAGCACUAAUAUUUCACAAGAAAAUGACCACGCAAUAAUCAUUAUUAAACGUCAAUUCGUGGCUUGCAACUUCAGAUAAACAGCAGUGGACUUACAUUACCUUUUUCCCUAAAUCUUUUACAGAAACAUAAUUUUGCUUCUGUGAUGUUACUCAGAGUAACAUCACACAAGCAUCUUAUUCACCUGAGUACAUUGCACCAACACAACAAAUAUCAGAAACAUAAUUGGUACUUAUUUAAAUAUAUUAUCACUUGUUUGGUGUAAAUAGUUAAUAUUUUCUGACCGAAAUAAUAAUUUGAAAUGUGCCUACCUCCUGCAAAUGGAUGUAUUUGGCCAAGUUCUCCACUUUACUAGCUCCGCUGUUUAUCGGCGAUCUCGUCGACAUCUUUCCAAAAAUGUAUAUCAUCACACACAUAAUGGUAUCAAGAACAUUUUAAACAAAUUUCAACUUGGUUUCAAGUAGAUCAUAGCUGUUUAACCAUCGACAAGGCAAAUCCACAACUUUGUCCAAAUUCGGCGACAUUUUGUCAUCCCGUGUCGGUUGUCAACAAUUCGGCGUUGUUACUCUUCCAUCCAAACCAUUUCCAUUCCACUAAUAAUAAAUUUAACCCUUUAUAACGGUACGAAACUAAAAAAUCUAAACAAAUAUAAGAAAUGCGGCAUUUUAUCACCCUGUAAAAUGUUGCUCACGAGUCAAAACAUUCCGUACAAAUCUCGCGUGACAAAGUAACAGGGACGUGACAGGGGGUGUGUGAAUUAUUUCACGAAGAUAGAAGAAGGCUGCGUGAAAUAGACUAAAAGCUAAAUACAAUCAUACAAACGUUUGUUUUAUUUCUUGUAGCGACAAAUAUAUACAUAUUAUUAUUUAUUAAUAUGAACAAGUCAUACAAAUUAGAUGUAGGUUGUUGGUUUUACCAUACUGUGUGGGCUUUGCUUUCAUUUUUCAAGUCUCCACCCCCCUGUCACGUCCCUGUUACUAAACCACGCGGGAUUUGUACGAAAUGUUUUGAAGGAUUCGUAAGCAACAUUUUGCAGGGUGAUAAAAUUCUGCAAGAAUAACGAGGCCGAAUUGUUGGCAACCUACACGGGAUGGCAAAAUGGCGCCGAAUUUGGACAAAGUUGUGGAUUUACCUUGUUGAUGGUUAAACAGCUAUGAUCUACUUGAAACCAAGUUGAAACUUGUUUAAAAUGUUCUUGAUACCAUUAUAUGUGAGAUGAUACACAUUUUUGGAAGGAUGUCGACGAGAUCGGCGAUAAACAGCGGAGUAAAGUGGAGAACUUAGCCAAAUACGUCCAUUUGCAGGAGGUAGGCACAUUUCAAAUUAUUAUUUCGGUCAGAAAAUAUUAACUAUUUUACACCAAACCAGUGAUAAUAUAUUUAAAUAAGUACCAAUUAAGUUUCUAUCAAAAAGAUUUAGGGAAAAAGGUAAUGUAAGUCCACUGCUGUUUAUCUGAAGUUGCAAGCCACAAAUUGACGUUUAACUAUGAUUAUAUCUCAUUUGUGUCGGUUUUCUUUGAUCGUCCGAGGUUUAUAACUAGCUUAUAUACCUUGAAUAAAUGAUUAGAUUAAACUUGUAGACAAAACGCGAGAAUUUUUCAUUAAAAUUUUUUGAAAAUGACAAAAUAUGUUAGAAAACCUCCACAAAUGUGAUAUAAGUUAGUUAUAAACCUCGAAAGUCGGUUUAUAACUGAUAUAUAAAAGUUUAUACCGAAGUACAGAACCCUAUAUAAACCCUAUAGUAUAGUAUUUGUAAACAGCUCCGCUUUCGUUUGAGUGCCUCUGACACAAAAAUUAUUUUCAGUCUAUUGAAAGUAUUCAUUUAGUAUAGUGUUCUAGCGAAAGAAUUUUUCGAUUUCACCAAAACGAAAAAAUUUUAGAGCCGUUUGAAUCCAAAUAUUUUUGGCUAAUGGCCGUCGGCGACAGAAGUCUGGCACUAGCAUUUAUUCUGACGUCACGCAAGUGAGUCGAGUCUUGAUGGUCUGUUAAGUUAUCUGUUUUAAUCAGCUCGAAGGUUUUGAUCGCCGAGGUGUUUAACUUUUUAUAUUCUAAGUUCUAUAAAGUAUCAUGUCAACAGAAUCAACAGAAUCAGUCCGAUGAUUCCGGAGCGAAUUUUAUACCUGGUUAAUAUGUUGUAUUGGAAGAUGCUGAUCUUGUAGCAUCUCGUCAGGUCUCUAGUGGUAUCAUUAAUAUUACCAAAUCUGCGACGCGGACGUGACGAAAAACUGCCGCUCUUAUCACAGUUUCACUUCACGGAUAAAAACUGUUGUUGGUAAACAAAGUCAGGGACACGAGAAAAACAAAGUAAAACUAGUCUCCCAUUUAUAUUAGCGAUUGUUUUUUAGUCGCGCCAUGUCUCAGAUUUGGCGCAUCUUUAAUAAGCUUCCUACUAACUGAGACGUUCUAUGACUUUGCAAGGUUCAUAUCUCCGGUUCGGUGCAUGCUAUGAAGACAAAAUUAUUACCAUUCGAUUCAGUGAAACAAAAUCUCCUUAUUUCUAAUGAUAGUUUUAGUCAAAUAUAGUUUUAGUCAAAUUGUAGUCAAAUAGCUAUUUAUGACCUUUGAGAGGUCAAGCGGUAUCAUAAUUCAUUAUAUUACUCAAUUAGUCUCAAACAAUGUAAAGUAGCCAUACCUUUAGCCGACCAUAACUUCGGUCCCUUUGGACAUAUCUUUUUCGUAAUAGUCUUAUUCGAACCGGAAUCCAAAACACUAUUUAGAGUGUUAUUUUCAAGCUUGUGUCUUCAGAUUUGCAUCUUUUAUUUCGGUAUUACAAAAUAUUUAUAUUUUUAGCUGGCCCGCAAAACCGAAAUACAAUUACAAAUUGAAUAAUCAAAACAAAGCAAAUCAUCGUCAGUCUUUAUUAGUUUCAGAUAGUUAGGCUUGCCGAGCCCCGGCAACGAAAAAAAUAGCCUCUAGUAAUCCGCUGUUCUACAAUUAUUCGAGCAUACAGUCGAAGUCUUUAACGGCACAAACAAACGCUUUGCGCAUACAAAAUCAACCCAUACUUUUCUUCGUCUUUUAGCUUCCGCGUGUUCGUCAUUGAAGUAUGGGAUAGUGCGUAGACUUAUUCCAUCUUUUAAACAUGCUUUAUUGGUACAGUUAGCUGCAACACAGUAAAAAGGCAUAUCUUUUUCGAUCAGAAACCUACCUAUAUAUCCGCCGUGAGUUAAUAGUACUAGUAUAGUCGAAUAAUAGAAUAUACGCCGACUCACUUGCGUGACGUAACAAAAACCGCUCGUUCCAGUUUCCUUCGAACACGGACGCCUGCCAACCAAAAGCCCAAAUUUUGCGUGUUCAAACGGCUCUAAAAUUUUUUCGUUUUGAUGAAAUCGAAAAAUUCUUUCGUUAGAACACUAUACUAAAUGAGUACUUUCAAUAGACUGAAUAAAAUUUUUUGUGUCAGGGGCACUUUAAACUUUUAAAUCUCUACACUUCAGCCAUUUUAAGUUAUUUUUGGUAGCUUUUUCAAUAUCCUUGCCAAUUUUUGACCAAGGUAUGUCCUUUCUGUGAAAUAUUUCGAUAAAAAUAAUAGACUUAUUAGUCUUACGAGUCAUUGUGUACAAGAUGUACUCAGAGUCUAAGUUUACUUUUGUACCUCUUUGCACGAUCACUGAACCUGUGUAUUGCUGUCUACAGCUUGAUUGGGGCCAUUCUGAUGAUUAGACUGAUGAAUUUGAGAAACAAGAAAGAAAAAUGAUACUUUUUAACAACGAAAAAUGUAAACCGAGGGGUCCGACACGGCUGAAAUCUCGUACACUCGACUCAGAAAUCAACACAAAUCAAACCCGAAAUCAGGAAAUCACGAGAGAAAUUAGUGAAUUUUGAAAUCAGAAAUCACUAAAACUUCGUUAUUAUUGAGCCCACAGUCUUAUAUGACAUUGGUAACUCACAAAACUCAGGAAAUCGGGUUAGAAAUCAUGAAAUCAGGUCAGAAAUCACGUUAGAAAUCAAGAAAUCGCAUUAUAUAGAAAAUUUACUUCAAACCAUAAUACUGGUUUCUUUUGGCUAUUAAAAAACUCAAGACAAGUAAACAACUAUGAGAUUUCGGGAUUUUCUCCGCAAACUACGUCACAAGCCUGCUGACGUCAACCUUUUUAUAAAGGUCUAUUCUCUAGUCCUUUGGCAACCGUCGUCGUCGUCAUAUCAGACAGGUUCAGAUUUGACUUCCACUACCGCUACCUUAAAUGUGCUACGCAUGCGCAGUAACUGCAAGAGCGUGAGGAAAUCGUCGCAUGUUUUUGUUUUGGGACUGUAACAAAGCGAUUUAUGGUCGUCGGGAGACGUAUAAUCUGAACAGGUCUAAACAGUCCGUCGCGACCGCUACCAAUGGAGCCGUCAAAGGUAGCGGUAGUGGUAGUGGAAGUUGAAUCUGAACCUGUCUAUCAAUGGCGUCAGCGAGUCAAUAUGAUUCUCGUCGUCAUAGUAAUAUGGCGCAAAUGCGUCCAAAUUUUUUUCAUAUUGACUCUUUGACGUCAUUUUGCUAUUGUGAAUGUGAAAAAUCCAUAUUUGGUUAGCCUUUGAGUUGAUAAGACAAUUUCACAGUUGGCUGUUAGGCAAUCAGAAACCAUUGCUUAAAUAAAUUAUAUCAACAACAUUUCCUUUACCUUCGUAGUAAAGUUCGUUGUUUUCCCAUGCAAAUUUCCGCACCUAUAUCCAUUUAGCACGUAUUUUACAGCAUAAAUCGGUUAAUCAUGAAAAUAAAAAAAUAAACACGUUAUUUACCGUUUAGGUCGGUCCGUACUGACAAAAUAUUUUUCCUCGGGCUCAGAAGCGUCCCUCGGCCUUCGGCCUCAGGCCGCUUCUGAGACUUCGGGAAACUUUUUUUUCAGUAUGGACCUCGCAGCCGGUAAAUAACAUAUACAUGCAUGUUUGCAAUGAAUGCACUAGUUUGUCUCAGGGCCGCCCCCUCAGAUAUUUUUCCAGGAAGGAACAGGAAGGAAUUCCAUUUUCAUGUUGAAAGGAAUUUUAAGGUAAUUUCAACCGACUGACCCCCACCUCCUGUAUAGUUUUGCCGACCAUGCCGACUAAAAUAGCAGUCCUGGCAACUGAUUGAGAUAUGUCAAACUGAUCAUAUAUAAUUAAUUAAUUUAAAUCAAUAAAAAUGUCAAGAUACGUGAAUGAAAUCAGGCAAUUCAUAAAUUAUUAAAUUUUGAUACUGAUUACUGGUAUAAACAACUAUAAUUCUCAAGCCGUAAAAAAAUCUAAAAAUAUUGUGGGGGAUUUUCUAACCAAAAUUAUAUUGAGAAUUUAGAUUAAUUAUCUUUUUACCGUAAUUAACAAAAUAGUAUUUAAUAGUAUAAUAAUAAAAAUAUACUGACAGUGUCACAGUGACAGACUCUGUCCAAAUAUUCCAACUGUCCACUCUCUUUGUGUUUGAAAGUAUGCUGAGUAUAACGCCUCCCAAGGCCGUAGCUAGAACGCUAAUUGGGGGGGGGGGGUAUUUCGCGUUAUGCCCGACUGAUUUCUUUGAAAUUGAUUGCUUUAUUAUGAAUAUACACCCCCAAUUAUCGUGUCUAGCUACGGCCCUGACGCCUCCAAACGUGAUUUACUUAAUUAAGUUAAUCUAUGUCUGUUAGUUUAAGUUUAAAGCUCGCAGAGUUUCUACAGAAUGAGACAAUAUUUGAGACAAUAUUCUUACUCGCGCCUCGGAACUUGUCACUCGCGCCAUUUUCGUUCGACCCGCGCUAUUUUUGCUGGACCCGCGCCAUUUCUAGUGACUCGCGACCCGCGCGAUAUAGACUAUCCCCUAAAAAACAGACGUACCCCUGCUCUGGAAAAUUUAUAUUUACGAAAUUUUUUUGUUUAUUCUACAUUUAUCAAAAAAUAUCAGUUUUAUGACAUGAACUGAUUUGUGAAAUUAAGAGCCGUUUCAAAAUUGUCUAUACUUUUUUCUGAUACAUCCUGUAUAUCAGAAUACCUUAUUAUUGCAAAUAGAAACAAAUGAUGCAGCAUAUACCUAGAAACGACUAGCCUGCGAGGAGACUCUUAAGGUGAAAUGAGAGCCUGCACUGACGACAUACAAUUUUGAAUAUCUACCCCGUAACGUUCGUUUUUCCAAAUAUGAAAUUUCUAUCCUUAUAUGGUGUUAUUUACAGCUUUAGAUUUUACAGCAAUUAAAUUUAGUCCGUACAGUUUAUACUGUUUUUAUUAUAAGAUAUUUAAGCAUAUUUAAAUGUUUUAAAUACUGUUUUCCCAAAACAGAACAUUUCGUGCUUUGACAUAAGAUGGCCAAGACCAAUUUGAUCAGUUAAUGCGUUUUUUAUGCAUAGUGCUUCAAAAGUUGACAUAUAUAUUAUAGAGCUCAGCGGAACAUAUAAAUUAUAGCACCAUUCGCGUCCAAAUUCGAGACGCAGAUAUUCAAAAUAUUAUGCUAUCAGUACAGGCUCUCAUUUCACCUUGACAGCCUGCUCGCAGACUAAGGAACGACCUAUACGCUAUGUCGCUACUGGGGAGCUUGCUGAAUACAAUGGCUAAAUGUGGUGUGCAAUUGUACCCUGAACGUGUUUAAAUGCAUGAAAUAACGUUUUUCAGACUUGAAAAUCGAACAAUGGCGGACGGCAGCGAAAUUUUAAACUCGCCUACAGUAAGGAAUUUUAGUCUUGAUCGUGUUGAUAUACCAUCAAUAAAAUUGCUAAACAUUAAUACACACUUAGUCUAUGAUGGUACACGUAUAAAGUGGUCAAAUGAUCUGAUAUCUCUGAAGAAUUUUACCGAAAAUGUUGUCGGUUUGGUUGGUUGCUGGAGGUCGCCCGGUGGCAAAUCUAAACAGUUUGUAAGCAAUGACCUAGAUCUGACAAUGACUUGGCACCCAGGUAAGCAAAAUUCUUUGCUGUUCAGCGGGAAAGACGGUGAAUCCUUAAAGAAAUUAUUGAUAAGUAUUCUGAACACGCCAAGCGAUACUACACAUAAAAUACCGGACGAGCCAAAAUCAUCGACAGGAGAAUCGCGUGACAUUGGCAAAAUUACUAAUUCUAGUGAAUGCCCAAGCCAGUCUAUAGCUGAAAUAAAAGCGAUUAAGGAUAAAAUUGACGGUGUAUUUGUGAUUGUAAACAAGCUUUGUUAUUCUACAACUAGAUUACUAAAUGAAUUUUCUGCAAUUCUCGCCAGAAAGGAUCUUCUCGAUUCCACUACCCAAACUGAUUUCGAAGUACAUAACAAUGUCGGAUUAAAUAUAGCUGAUGCCACAAACGCGACAGAAAACCAGUGUACAUACACGCUUAGUGGUUUAUCGACCGAAAUUGAAGGUCUCAAACUAAACAUCGUAAUCACAGAAUCAAAUAUUUUAAGCAAAGUUCAGUCUAACAAUCAAGCGAUUGAGCAAAUUCGUCACGACCUAGACUCAAUCAAAAGCCAUCAGAGUAAAAGUAACUUCAUUUCAGAGAAUAAUACUGCCCCAAUAACAAAUUCUGAAUCAAUUAAUGUUAGACCUACAGCUAACUCAACCAAGAUUGAUAGUACUGCUACGAUUCCCAUAUGUAAACAUGGUUCAAAUCAGUCUUGUGCUCAAUUACGGUCAACCGUAAUCUGCCAACAAAAUACCAACCCUCCCGGAGUAGCCCAGUUUUGUUCUGUUAGCAGUAACAAGCCAAAUAACAAGUUAACGCUCCAGGCCUACCCUAAUUGUAACAAACACGUUACCCAGCAAAUCGAAGGUGCACCAGGAAUAAAUAAAGGUCAACAGAAUCAUUAUAAAGUAUGCAAAUCCACCUCCGACCAUAAAUUAGAAACUCCCAAGGCCAAUCCUGAAGUAAUUAAAAUUGGAUCGACUGCUAACACAACCAGACCCCUUAGCGUAGGCGCUUGUUCUGCUAAAUAUGAAUCAAAGCAGUAUUACGCUCAUCAUUACAACUUAGUCAGUCCUGUAAAACAAAGUAAUUCCCAUCAACAUUCCCAAGCUGUUUUUCGCCCACAAUCAAAUGUCAGUUGUGUGAAGCCAAAACCAAGAAAUAAACAGAAUGUACAACAUAUUUCAAACCUUAGUUGUGCUAAUACUGGCGAAAGUCAGCCGGCACCAAGUGGGACCGGAUCUUUGAAAUGGUUGGACCGCCUACCUCUGGUUGAAACGCUUAACGCGACAGUUAGUAACCCCAUGCAUACAUCUCGAAGUGGGGCCGAACCCCUUGAUUGGAUAGGACGGUUGCCCCUACUUGUUAAUUACUCGACACAUGCGCCUCGCUUACGCCAGACUCAAAGGAAUGAAACAGGAAAGAUGAACCGGCAUACGUUUUUUCGGUCGCGAUUCAGCCAGCAGGCAGACUGGUUGAAUUACCUGGAGUUUGUCCGUCGCACAUUGCAAUAAACUUGGAGAUCCCUGUCGCAGCUAGUAACAACACUAUAAUCACACCAGAACGAAACACUAUACCAGUAAGAAUUACAUCUUACCAUGAAUUCGAAGGUCAGCAGUCUAGCGCUCCGUGUUAUAAUGAACAUAUUCCUAAUACUAGCAAACGAAACCGUAGCGGAACGCGUAAUCUAAUUGAAAUUCCAAUCAAGAAUCCAUCCCUAUAUCAAAGCACGUCUCUAUAUCAAAGCCCAAAGUGCGCCCAAAGUAAUUUACUGACAUUCCUUCUCUCAAAUACAAGAUCACUUUUACCAAAGGUAGAUGAAUUAAAAAUUAUACUUGACCAAUAUGAUGUGAGUAUGGCCUUCAUAACCGAAACAUGGUUAAAUGAGAAAAUCGACGAUGCAGCAGUUUGUAUUCGCGGGUAUUCAAUAGCAAGAUGUGAUCGAAUUGAUAAACUUGGCGGUGGAGUUUGUGCUUUUAUUAACUCAGACAUCCCGUUCAAAAUUCUAACAGAAUUUAAUGACAUCAAUUUUGAAACCUUAUGGAUCUAUGUACGACCUUAUAAACUUAAUCGAGGCUUCUCGUGUUUGAUCGUCUGUGUGGCCUAUAAAUCUCCAUCCAGCGACAACGCCGCGUUUAUAGAUCACCUCAGCUCAACACUUGACCUCGCUCUCAGUAAGUACCCAAAUGCAGGUAUAUUUUUACUCGGAGAUUUUAACAGAUGUCCUGUCUCAUCUUUAUUAAGACAUUUUACUUUGAAACAAAUCGUAAAACAACCAACCAGGAAAGAUGCUGUCCUUGAUCUUAUUCUUACUACUAUGUCAGACACAUGUGACCCUCCUAAGGUGAUCGCACCCAUCGGACUCAGCGACCAUAAUUCCGUUUUAUGCAUUUUAAAAAAAUGUAAAUCAUUGAACGGAUGCAAGAAAAUAAACAUUAGACCCGGUAACAGAGGUGCCAAAGUUGCAUUUGGAAGAUGGCUAACGAACUAUAAUUGGACUAACCUGUAUCGUACUGCACUGUGCGAACAAAAACUGGAAAUUUUUCAGGAUGUUAUUCAUACCGGCUUGGACCACUUCCUUCCAUGUAAAGUAGUUAAAAUGCACGACCGAGAUAAGCCUUGGAUAACACCUUCAUACAAGGAACUUAUUAAAAGCAGACAGAAGGCAUUUUUUCAGAAAAAUGACAAAUUGUACCGGCGACUACGUAAUCGUGCCAAUCGAGAAAGUAAGUACCUUAAAUCUGCAUUCUUAGAACAUAAAUUGAAACAAUUGAAACGUAACCCUGAUCCUAAGAAAUGGUGGGACACCGUAAAACAAAUAGCUGGCUACCCUAAGAAGAAAUCUUUUUCAAGUAUUGUCCUAGGAGAGCAAGUCGUCUCUGGAAAGCAACUUGCUGAAAAAAUUAACGAGGCUUUUGUAUCCGUUACUCGAGAUAUUCCUCCCCUUAGUCCUAUCCCUUUCCCCGAUAGCCAAUUACAAAGCGAUUGUACUACCAUUCCAACCGAGUACAUUAUUAGGGAAGAAGACAUUUAUUAUAAAUUAUCUUCAAUAUCAUCCUCGAAAGCGGCUGGUCCAGAUGAAAUACCGAAUUGGGUCCUAAAAGAUUAUGCGCCCCUGCUGUCUUCCCCUGUUACUUCAAUCUUCAACGCCUCCCUUCAACAGGCGUCUGUUCCCGCGGUAUGGAAAGCCGACGUCAUCCCUGUACCUAAAAAUAAGGUGCUGAGGGACAUUACUAAAGACUUGCGUCCCAUCUCGCUUACUGCCACUUUGUCAAAAACGUGUGAACGUUUUGUCGCAGACUGGCUGAUGGAGUUGAUUG